GACUUGCAGUAGUGUAACUGCAGCAGGGAGGAGACCGAGACCCGGAGAAUAGCUCCUCUAUGAACGCCCUUCAGUCUGACUUGCCUGUGAAUCACAUUUUCCACCUACAACACAGUUGUUACUUCUGACUGGGCCCCUACGAAGAACACAUGCCACAGACCCUUUCUUCUCCCCCGAUCUGUAUCGACCGUAAAUCCUUAAAUGAGCUGAAGCAAACUAGAUCAACUGGACAACUGCCUGGAAAGUUUUAUUCACUCUUAAGGAUUUUCGGCUCAAGUUUGAUGCGUCUUCUUGGAGGAAAUCAUGAACGGAUACCGGACGAACAGACGGAUUAAUCGUUUCUCCGUCACGUCUAAUCGACCAAAUCACACGAGGUGGUUUAUGUUGGAGUUAGCUGUGUAAUCAGAUCACUGGUCGUUAUUGAUCGAUCACUGUGGGUGAUCGGGUGUGUUGAUCUACGCUGACAUGGAUCUUCAGGUGGUUGUGUGGCUCUUCUACUGCCUUCUUCUGCCCACCGCGCUGUUAACAGGUAACAAACUUUCACUCGUCUUUUAAAGAACUGUAACGAUCAACAUGUGGCAAAACUUAGUUUCACACUUUCUAACUUUCAACUGCGCUGAGGCGAGCGCUGCAACUCGUAACAUGCUGGGUGGUAACUGCUGAGGCAGCUGGAGGGAAAACCAUAAAAACUUAUUUUUUUCCAGCCUUCUUGUGGUGUCUCGGUUAUCUGGUGAUGCCACUCAAGUCACGGUUCAUGCAGAUGAUACCAUAGGCUCCAUUUAGGAGUUAUUAAGCGUGUUUCAGCGCAGUUCUCAGUCCUGUUCGGAAUGAUGUUGGUGUCGCCUCCCAUUGGCGUAACCCUGAGUGUAAUAGUGUCACAAACCUACCAAGUUUCUGAUUUUUAUGUGACACCUUUGAAGUGUUAAAAAGAACCCGGGCCUCUCGGAGUUCAGGUCAUAUAGCUCUAUCAUCAGCUCUAUAUCUGUAACCUGCUGAUGUGGUUCUGCUUAAGUUUGUUGUUGUGGAGGAUUUACUCCAGCCUCUGUCAGCCUGUCCUCUGAAACUGUGUCACACUGAACAUCAUCUUUGGCAAUUAUGACACAAUCAGCUGGUCUGGGCUUCUGUCCUGCAGAUGUGACCACUGAACUUUGCUUUGCUAGUCUAAUAUGUUCAUUUACUUUAAAUGAUUCUAUUUAGGCUUUAACGCAUUAAAGUGGUGAAAUUGAAAUUUGCUCCUUACUGACAGUACAGUGAGGUCAAUUACAUGCUUCAAAACCCUUUCAGACAUUGCUGUAGUUUUUUAGGAAACUAUUUGUGGGGUAUGUGCAGGAAUUAACCUGCCACACUAUUAAAGUUUGCUAUAGAAGCAGCAAGGCCACUCUGCUUCAGCUUUAUAGAGCAGUUUACUCUCCAAAUGCAGCCAUGUGGAAGAAUAGCAGCUUUUUUCUAGGUAUUUCCAGCAUCUACCUCUAUAAUGAUGCUUUUAUGACAUGGCACUGGUUAGCAGCAGAGUGACUUAAGCCUCUGUAAAUGACACAGGGAAUCCCAGUAAAGUUCACCUCCAAUGUGGUUUCAGUCCAACAUCCAGUCCUGCUGUAGUCCGACAGCUCUUGGAUAACUGGUAUACUCAUCGUCAGCUGCCAUUUCACAAGCCUCUGUUUCAGUUUGACCAACACAGACUCCAAGUGCUGCUUUGCCACCUUUAAAACUGUCAGAGCCUUCUCACAAGACACUGAUAUCAUAUGAUUUAUCUGCUAUAUCUCAGCACACACCAAAAACACAAAGAUGUAACUAAAAACAGCGUUAACUUAACGUCAAUGUCUUUUUUUCAACACUGAAUAUGUUGAAGUGUUCUUUUAAAACAAUGAUACAUGAAAUUUUUAUCCUUGUGAAUGAAUAAGGGGGCAAGAGACAGACAAAGAGUGAGGGAAGGAGCGUCAUUUGGUUCACCUCCUGACAGGAUAUCACUUGAGAACAUACAGUAUUCAACACGUCAUGAGUUUCUGCACAGUAAAAGGAAGUGAAACAUGCCAAUAAAGUUGGCCAAGAAGCUGUCACGCACACACACACACACACACACACACACACACACACACACACACACACACACACACACACACACACACACACACACAAACUAGUCAUCAGACAAGUGAGAUAGUCUGGUAAAACAAUAAAGUCGAUGUCAAACAAUGCACCCAGGUCACAGGCUGCAUUAUAGAACUACAUCCACCUCUCCUUGAUAUCUGCCUAAGGGGGCUGGAGCCUCAUUCAGCAUAUCUUUGUACCUGUAAAACUCUAUAAACAGCUGUAUGGGUUUGACUCACAGUUACCUGGUUACAUGUUGACAACACAGAGUCACUAACAUAGAUGGCUCGACAUGUUUGCUGGGAGGUAACUGUGAGUCAGAGAUCUAGGUUUUCUCAUACCAGGGUGACAGACUGCAGAGAUGUAGGGUUUCAUCAGAGUGCCUAUCAUAGAGUGGAUCAGAGUGAUUGCUUUAUAGAUGAAUCAGUGAGCUGUGGAAGCACAAAGCUCUUGUGGUUUCAGGGGUAAGGGGACACACUGAAGUCUUGAAAAAGCACACAAAGACAUUGUAUUUCAAGUAGUUCAACUACAAUGACAACUCUUUAUGUCUGUACUGUGCCAUUAAUAAACCAACCCAAUUUCAGCAAGGCAAAAACUGGAACUGGCUUUAUUGUACAUCAGACUAUAACCGGAUUGUUUCCCAAACACAGAGAGGAUGUUGGUGAAGUGCAUUUCCCAGCACUGUGCAGCCUUUUGUCUGCUGGUCCUUCCAGGUGGCUGGUUUGAUGGUUAUGGCUCAUGUUGGCUGUUGCCUGAGAGGUUAGUAAAAACUGUGAAGGAAAAAUUCACUCAUUGCUCAAACAGUGAAAAAUAAACCAACGCUAGCAAGGUUGACCCAGUCUCCAGAAUGAACAGAGGUAAAACCUUUGUGUCGGCCUUCUCUGACGUACUCCGAUGAGUCUCUGUGGUACAGCGCUUUGAUACAUCCACUUUCAUACAAACGAUUUACUCCAAGCUUGUAAUUUAGUCUGCUCUGUGUAUCUUAGCGUCUGUGUCGCUUAUUUUACCAGAUUCAAGAUUUCAGAGGGAAUAUUUGGUAGAAAUGCAGUUUAUCCUCCAGUUUGAGGGAUUUAUAGGAAAGAGCACAGAGACUGGGGCCUGUGUGAAUUGGUGUGUGUAUGAGUAUCCUCAUGAUCCAGAUUACUUAACUUUAAUUUUCUAUAAAUAGAGCAGUCAGCUGCUUGAUUUAUGAGUUGUGUGUCUCAAGUUAAGCUUUUGGCUCUACCACAGCAGACUGGAAUUAAAAACAAGUUUACAGACAGUGAAAGCAGAUCUUUUUGGAUAAAUUGACAGAUGAAUGUUGCUGGAAUUCAGCACUCCUAUAUCAAUCUCUAUUACUUCCUUCCUCUGAGUAUCACAACUGUAUGUAUCUGCUGCCUUCAUGAUGUGGAUAUCUCUAUAAGACAUGCCACAGUAUAAAGGCCCAGGUUUGCAUGAUUUCACUGAUAAACACUGAUUGAAAAUAUUUCUUGAGCAUAGUUUCUUCUUUCCUCUUCCCUCAUUGAAUCAGUGUCACCAUGCAACUUCUUGUUCUUUGUCGUAUCCAGACUAUCUCUCCUUACAGUUUAAUAUUCCAUAUGUACAAGGAACUUUCAAGACACACUGCUGGAGGAGAAAGGGAAGACUGGGCAGAUGCUGCACAGGACCCCUGUGAAACACUAUAAAGAAUAAAUGCUCCAAAACCCCCAAUAUUUAGACAUACAAACAUACACUUUACACUCCCCCUGGCAGGCACUGAGACUGAAAACAGACUAACAGACAAACUGUUUGCUCACUGAUCACAACAGUAUUAGUUUCGUGGGGAACUAUUGUGGGUGACAUGAUCUCUCAAUGCUUGGAAUGGAUUUUAACAUGAUCUGCCUCUCUUAAGACUGAAAGAAUACAGCUUCUGCUCUUGUGCUCACAGUGGACAUUUAUGAAUCAAUGAAAUCAUGCACUCCUGGGCAUUUUAUAUUGUGCAUGGGUCACAGAGUGGUGUGUCCCAAGAAGAUAUCCACGUCAACAGCCCCCGUUAGUUUGUCCCUGGAGUCUAAAUUAUUUCCGUUCCCAUACUCUCAUCUGUUUGAAACUGGAUAAAAACUCUUACAAGUAAUCAGGAGCUACACCAGCUUCCACAGUAUAUGAUAUGAAAUAAAAAAUGAUAAUAAAAACAAAAUAUUUUGACCCACUUUGGGAGAGUGUGGGUUAUGUGUGUACUGUAUAUUUCAGAGUCGCUAAGCCAGUGAGUCAUUGCUACACCAGAGCAGUUUCACAAGACUUCAUGGCCUGGUGAGAAAUAUCCAGAGUGUGUGUGAGCUUCAUGGUUAGCAGGAUUGAGGCAGAUGAGGAUUGAGCGUUUACAUUUUUGAAGUGAUUUCUUUCUUCAAACUGAAAGAAUAACCUCAAUCUGAUCAGCAAUAAUGAAGUUUGUGCUUUUUCCUCAGACAGUAUGUUAAGAAUGAAUCGCUGUCUUUCUGAUUGUACUUCUUCAAUGAUGUCCCCACAACCUUUUUUUGACUCUGCUGAGCCAAGUCAGAUUUUCCUACAGGCUGCUUUCUUUUUCCUCUUCACUUUUAAUUGUCAGGACAUGCCGUUGCAUGUUUGGGCCAAUGUGCUUGGAGUGUGGCACGUUUGGAGAGUUCAGAGCCAGGACAGAGUCUACUCCAAGGCUUUGACUGGCCCAUCAGUAAUGACGUAUUAACUCAUGGAAUAUCUGACCCUCCAAGUCAAUCUCUGGAUCGUGUACAGCAGAUACAGUAGUUUAAACAUGUAGAAACCAGGACAAAGGCUGGUAAUUCACACUCUACUCAUAGAGAGGUUAUCAGAAGGUUUUUCCACAAUUGUUCGGAAACACAUUGUCUUGACAUCUGUUGUGAAUACAAACAGUUUUUGCCAAAAAUGUCAUCAAUUGUUUGUGCUGAGCAAGUCCACCAGCCUGGUGACACAUAUGUUGCCCUUGCUUGUCUGCAAGCUGACAGUAUCAGAUAGUUACCCUCUCUCUCUAACAUGAAUAGUUACUCACAUCAAACAUUUUUUUCACAAGCUUAUAGCUGUGAUCUUUUUUAAUUAAGCAGGACUUUGCACAAUUUAUUUGAGAAUGAUGCUUUGACUCUGGCAGUGUUACAUUUUCAGGAUUUAUUUGGGGAUUUUUAGCCCUGAUAUGAAAGGAAAGUUUGAGAGCGAGUGAGAGGGAGCAUGAGGGGAAGGAAUGGGGAUGAUAUGCACCAGGUCUCUUCUAGUAUGACAGGCACUAAAGCCCCUCUACAUGAGGUGCCUGCUUCCCCUACCGAGCUGAGCCAGUGCUGCAUGCCCUGGCAGUGCUUACAUAGUCUGCAGUCAUGUCUGAAACCAUGAAGCCAAUGGGCGACGAAUAACUGUAUUCUCUUUUGUGGAGCUGUCUCAUCAACUGAUCUGCUGACAAUACAACAAAACAAAAUCCCCUGCCUGUGGAUUUUAGUUAUUUUUGAGCUAUUCAUGGUCUUUGCAUUUAAAACACAAGUAUGGACAUUAUCUUUUUGCAUUAUUCUUUAUUGCACUUAUCCCAAAGUAUCAUAUCAAGUUAUACAAUAUAAAGGGUACACACUAAAAAUCCUCCUUCAUGUCCCCUAUAAAACUACAGCCCUAAUUCUCCCAAACUGGGAUGUAGAGCACAUGUUGAAUAAAACGGACCUGGUUAGCCAGUCAUUGAAAUCCCAUCUUUAAGUCGAAGUAGGAGAAAGAAGUGGGGUAUUUUUCUUUUUUUGGUGAAAAAAACACGCUCAUUUAAAAUCUAAUACCAGCAACACAUUUCAAAAUAAAGUUGGGACAGUAACAACAACACACAAACAGAGUUUUACUAUGUGAGAAAAAGCAACAACAACACAUCACCAAACUAAUGAGGUAAAUCACCAACAUGUUAGUUACAAGAGUUUUUUUGUAGAUUUCAUCCCUUACUCUAGAUAACAUCAUUAAACGCUUCAGAGAGUCUGGAGGAAUCCUACUACAAAAAAGUAAAAGGCUGAAAACAAACACAAAGUUGUGGUGAUCCUCAGCCCUGAAUGUAGCGUUGUAUGAAAAGAAGGGGCAACUCACGAGUGAAAAUCAGAGCAUGGGCUCAAAUUAAUGUAAACAAACAUUAACUAUGAAAGCAGUUUAUCCACAAGUACAGGGUAAAAUUGAAACAUGCAAAGACACCACUGAACAUGAUCCAAAUAUCAAAGCCUUCUCUGUGCCUGUGAAGUCUCAAUCUGUGGACUUAGCCAGAGAAAAGUGUCCUGCAACCUGACCAAUCAAAUGACAGUGCUUUUGAAAAUCAUGGACUCGAUGUCCUCUGUCCUAAAGAGUAGAGUCCACAUAACAAGGGUAGCUUAUGAAUCUGGGAAGGCACAAUGAACACUGAACAAUAUGUGCAGGUUUCUGAGCAACAUGCUAAACAAUGACUUUUCUAGGGAAGGCCUUGCAUAUUUUUAGCAGGAUAAUGCCAAACCACAUUCUGCACACAUUACAGCAUGGCUCUGUAAUAGAAGAGACAAGGUGUUAAACUGGCCUGUCUGCAGUCCUGGCUUGUCACUGAAUAUAAACAUUUGGAGCAUCAUGACAAAAAAAAAGUAUGACAAAGAAGACCCUGAACUGUUGAGCAGCUGAAAUCCUCAGAAUGGGACAACAUUUCACUUUCAAAACUGCAGACACUGAUUUUUUUUUUUUUUUUUGAUUCCUUAACAUUUGCGCAGUUUUGGGUUGUAUAAUCCAGCCAAACCCGUUAUUAUUGUUUGAUAGAAGUUAGGAGCUUUCCCAAAGUCCAGUUUUUGUGAAUGUAAAUGACAGAAUGCAAGCACUCUGGAGAAGCAGGCAGAAGCACCUGUGUGAAAGCAAGAUAUAUUUUAGCAAGGAGGGGAAUGAUCUAGAACUACAAGGGAAAGUCUGAGGGCAUCUGAAGAAAAGAAUAUUUUUCAAGCAUGAGGGAAAAUGGAGAUCUCAAAGAGAGCAACAAAGAAGCAAUCUUUCAUAGACAUUUUCUUUCUUCACUUCAUUUGUCACAUAAAACAUACAAUUUAUUUUCAUAAGGCUGACAAACUUCCUAAACCUCAUUCUAAAACCUGUGCUCAAGUGAGUGGCUGCAGAGUCUGGUCUCUCUGAAUUUCUGUCUCUUUUGCUCUAUUUUUCCAUAUUUUUGUUGUGGUUUGUCAGCUGCUAAUGGAUAUUUCUAAGGAGUAAUAGAGUUUAUUCAAGAGAGGAGCUUCUUUCAUUGUGACUGAGAAAAUCUGGACAACAACAUCCAAGUCCAAUUCCAGCAAACAUUAGGAGGCUUUAUCAUGGUUGGACAUCUCCAAGUGUCCAAAGCUCAACAAAACUCUGUAGGACCAUAAAAUAUUUGAUCAAAAUCAAACAUUUCCUCCAGACACAACUGAAAAGCUUUCAAACAGGCACACCAACACACAAAUACAGAGAUAACACCAUGACUAAGACACAACUCUAAAAUCAUCUCACUGCAAUAAAUGCGAUUUUCUAUGGUAACCAUCUCUUUAAAUGAUAGACAGUAUAAAAUAGCGCAUGUCUAAAUAAUCUGAAAUUGACAGAAAAGUUACCACACUGAAAAUUCCCCACAUAGCAGAUGUAGAGUGUAUUUAGAUUCAGUGAGUUUCCAUGUCCUUUAUCCGUGCACACAGCUGGUGGUGUAUGGAGGGACUUUGUGUAGUUUUUACUGGGAGUUUAGAAAAGAAAAACUGAAUCAGAGUUUGCUAUUAGGGGAGUUUGUAUCAUUUGUUGAUUCAGUUCCAGACUGGACUGCUGAAAUGCACUUUAUUCUGGCAGCAGCAGGCAAAACACCCAAAAACUGCAGCUGUUCCAAAAUGCUGCUGCCAGGCUUUUAUUACAGGGCAAGAGAGGCAAGCACAGAGCAGCAGUCCUCGCUGCCUGUCGCUGGCUACCUGUGAGUUAAAACAUAUAGAGGUCUUACUGCCUGAUUUUAUCUUCUGAAAGGGUCAAAUUUUAGCUGCUGAGCUGCUUACUCUCUAUGAGCCUGACCACAUUCUGGGGUUCUCUCUUUGGGUUGUACAUCUUGACUGGUCACAAGAGGUCACCGAGUGUUUGCAGUUAGUCUCCACAACUGUGAAACUCUGCCUGCGGAUGUCAGGUGGACUCAGAGUCCUCUUAAAAAUCACUGCUUGGCUUUGCCUCCACUGUGCUUUACUUGAGUCUGUGGGCUCUAUUUUCGUGUAUGCCAGUGAGGCGGCGGAGGGUGGCGGACCCCGCACAGUUGUAUUUUUGUCUGGCGGAGCCCGGCGUACAGCCAGUUUGAUAUUUUCGUGGACUGAGGCGCACUGAGGCGAACCGAGAUCCACCAAGUUGGGCGUGGUGGCGUGGCAGGGGGAGGUGUCGACAGAAUCAGCGGGCGCAGUGACAUUUUCGUGCUCGCCAGUGGCAUGUAAAGUGCGCUGAAAGCUCGCCGAUUCAAACCUGGUCAGCUUUCGUUUUGUGAGCCAAAUUUAUUUUAUAUGCCAACAUCUAUGAAAGAAAGAGCCAGGCCACGGAGCACGAUGAGUCAUUUACGCACAGAUGGUUCCGAUUUUAAUGCCAUUUUUGGAGUUUAUGUUGUGAUCUCUGCGCACAACCCACCUUUGUCACAUGAGGUUUGAAUAUAUGAAACUUUAUGUGAGUGUCUCUAUUUGUGUAAAAGGGUGUCUGUCUUACCAGUGGGUCCAACAUUACACACACCAAAUCCAUCUGUGCUUAUAUGAGAAAGUGUGAAGGAUGCCCUCUGCAGUGGUUACAGUGACACUUGUUGAGGAGCUGCCUUCUGUCGCCAUUGUGUGGCAUUGCUGUCUUCAGACAUCUCUUGAUUUCUUUGACUACUUCACGAAAAUAGUAAUACGCCUCGCCGGUGGCGGAUUUAAAGGCAAGGAAAGGAGCUUAUGUGAUUGGUGAAAACAGGUCUCAGCCGUGUUAAACCCACUCCACGCCCUCUCUCCUCCCUCGCUACGACUUACGCCGCUGGGAGGAGCUGAGUUGGGGAGAGGGGAUACUUACGCCGGGCUUCGCUGCUAACCAAAAUACCAAAUUGUGCUUGGGAACGCCUUGUCGGCGCGGCGGACCUGACUUACACCGCGCCUGCGGCACGUCUCCGGCGAGGCACGAAAAUAGAGCCCUUUAACUCUGUUUGAUUAUUAAAGUACUGAACUUGACCCAUUUGUUAUCCACUCUAAGUAGUUAUUUGUUUGAAUUUUGGCUAACAACAACUUUUAACUGCCCUGCUUGUGAAGCUGUUUUUAAUGGAGCACUUUUAACUUGUUUUUAAACAUCUAAAUGAAUAAAAUUAUUAUAAUCAUCAUCUUUUUCUGAUUGGCCUGCUGACAGUGAGCAUUCGAUUCAAAUUAAUGGAGCAUUUGACCAAAAAUUUUAUUUAAAAAAAAUUUCAGCAGCAGCACUGAGAUGUAAAAAGCUGGAAAGCAGAUCUCCAGGAGUCCAAAUGUUAGGGCCCUAAGCGACAGUAAGAUGGAUAGUUUCUAUUUAAAAUGUGCUGUAAAUUCAGACAACUGUCUCAUCACUGCGACUGAUAUACCUUUGUCUCUUGUUGUUGUUUAUGUAAAGCUUUUGUCUCAGCUCUCUGUGAGAAACAGUUUCAUAUCGUGUGUGUUGUCUGAUGAUAAAGCAGUUGGCUUGAUAGGUUUGUUUCCACUGUGGCGACAGCUGUGGAAAUGUACACAUGGUGGAAUCCUACAGUGAGCUGAGUGUUAACAUGUGCACACAGGAGACCAAUCAUCUCAUGUACACAUAAGUUUCCCAAAGUACCGACUUCACAUCACUCUGGGAUAAGACUGUGUGUGUGUGUGUGUGUGUGUGUGUGUGUGUGUGUGUGUGUGUGUGUGUGUGUGUGUGUGUGUGUGUGUGUGUGUGUGUGUGUGUGUGUGUGUGUGUGUGUGUGAGUGUGUGUGUGUGUGUGUGUAAGAGUGUGAGAGUGUGUGAGUGUGUGUGUAAAAGAGAAUGAGUGCAAAUUUUGAAUGUGUCAGGUCGUUUUCUUUCCACAAUAACAGGAAAGCUGGUUAGCAUGAACUAAACUAUGUGGCACAGACACACAGACACACAGACACACACACACACACACACACACACACACACACACACACACACACACACAGACACACACACACACAUGUUCCGUCCCACAGUUGGACUGCAUCAUGCAGCUCACUUCCUCCUGUUCUGAUGAGUUCUACUGAUCUUUUUCUUUCCACCUGCAGUUGUGUAAAAGUGAUGCUUUUGCAUGUCACUGACAGUGCAGGACAGGAGAAGUAGGUUCAUUUCACUAAUCCAGCCAUUUACAGAAGCAUACAGGGAGUCAUAUUAGGGGUCCUAAGGGUUGUAUGUGAGCACACACCUGGUAGCCUUCAGCAGCCUGAGGCUUUUUAGGAUGAAAUGCACACUCAGCACACAGCAGAGAUCACUGCUCCUCUCAGCUCAGCAGUGAUUGUUUCUAAGUUUUUCUCUGAUCUGCACAGAUGAAAGAUUUUAAAUAACACAUUUCUUUAAAAAAAAAGUAGUAAAAAUCUGCGUUAAUAUUAACUUCAUAUCUUGAAAACAAAAAGGCUGCCUAGACUUUUUGAGACCCAGAAAAUGAUGAAAUGUUAAAAGUUGUCUGUUCUUUCUCAGGCACUCCUGGUCAACAACAAUGAGUGAAAUGUUCCCAGAAAUGAUGUCUGGCUCCUCCUCGUUCUCCAUCAUCUUUUUCUAUUACUAUCGCUAUUACUAUGUGUAGGAGCCGCAAGGUAAAGGUUUGUGGUUAUGCUCUUGAUUUGUUUUUGGUAUUUUGUUGUGAUUGGUGGCAGUGAUUUGUGGAAUCCGGGUCACGGGAAUAGGGGCGGUGUCACUCAGUUGAUUUAAGCACCUGGUCACCUGUGUUCACCAGGGGAAGAGGUUUUGAGUGGGUCGCCGUAUUUUUUGUUGACCGCAUGUACACAUACUCUUUAAGUCCAGUGAUCGCUGUUUCUUCAGUUGGUAUCGUUUUGUUGAUUGUUUCUUUAGUAUUAAAGCACGUUUUUUCCUAAUCGAUUCCCGUCUCAGCUGAUCCAUUGACAAAGCGCGUCAGACAAUUAGACUCGGCCCGUAUCUCAUCCUCUAAGUGACAUCCUGGUCUCUGAGGUCGCUAUACUAUGGGUCUGGCAGUAGAGUAUGUGAGGUACAGUGCACAAAAGUUCAUCUGAAUUCUUAAAUAAUGUAUGUGAAGAAAAUCCUCCAUAAAUAUCUGUAUGGAGAGCUAGUGUUGUAAAAAUCUACCUUUUUAGUCAACUCUGUCAUGAGCAUUUUUGAUAACAAAUACGUUUGUACAAUACAAUGUUGUUUAGCAGGUGCUUUUAUCCAAAGCAAAGUACCUUCAGGAACAAUCAGUUUCCUUCACACACCACUGUGGUACAGCCAGCAGGAGCAGGCGGGAUCAAAUGUCUUGCCCAAGGAUACUUCAUCACACGAGCAGCUCUGGAAUUGAACCCCCAACCUCUCUGAUUGAGAGUCAACUGACUUCACCAACUAAGCGACAGCUUUGGUGAGAACCUCUGUGUCUGAUGCAUCAAGUCAGUCUUGAGUUGGAGAGGUACAUAAAGUCAGGAAGCUGGCGUCAGUCUUUUCACUUUCACAGUACCACAGUAAAGGUCGAGGAAUGGAGAGUGACCCUGACCUGGGAGGAGCCGUGCUCCAUUCUUGGAACAGCUUGUGAAACUGUGAUUGUGAAGUGAGGGCAGAAGGCUCUGACUGUACCUGUAUUAGUGCUGGACGAUAAUUCGAUAACAAUAUAUAUCGAUCGAUAGACGUGUGGUGCGAUAGAAAAAAAUGGGUCGAUAAAAAGUUCGAUAGAAUAACACAGUUUCCCUUUCUUUUUCAUCAUAGCCUAUCAUGUAGCUUUUACUAUAGUCAUUACUUCCUCCCAACCAAUCACAAACGCAGACCCAGGUACACUACGGCACCAAGCCCAGCCCUUACCAAACCACAACAGACAGCACGUGUAUUAGAAAAAAUGUUACAGCAAGGAGAAGUGGAGGACAUUGUCCCAAAAAACGGUUUCAGUAGUUCACCAGCAUGGCAAUUUUUUGGUUUUUAGAAGUCUGACAAAAAGCAAACAGCUGUCGUUUGCAAUAUUUGCAGAGAAUUAGUAAAAACCAAGUCUGGUAACACAACCAACUUGUUUUACCAUCUAAACCAGUCGCGGUGCGGCCGACGACGAGCUGUGUUGGCCGCGCCGCGGCUCCACGUCGUCAUCGGAGGAAUCCUCUGGAACCGCUGCCAGCACCAGCACAAAGCAAGUGAAGCAGACCAAACUGGACUUCGUUUCUUGCCAAAAAUACGACAAAGCGUCCAAGCGGCAUAAGGACAUCACCCAUGCAGUAACAUGCUUCAUAGCGAGGGACAUACUGCCAAUAACUACCGUUGAAAAGCCUGGCUGGCAUCCCGUCCACUCAUUAGCUUCUCAAAGUGGAAGAAAAUGAGCUCAUAUUUUACAAUGACGCGAGUAUUUGGAUCAUGACUACUAGCGCGGGGGGGGGGGGGGGGCAUUCGGCAGGGGUGCAAUCUACGACACAACACCGGCGUGGAUAAGUCCUGCUUCUCGUGCUCAGUUUGCGUAUCAAGUCAAUCACAUGAUAAUUAAAAAAAAUAAAUCUCCCGACCCCGGGAGAAAUAUUUCAGUGUUCAGACACCAGGCACAGUUACAACUGGUAGUUUGCUAUUCCCACCUAAAGCUAUUCUGUUUAUUUAUAUAUUUGUUUGUUUUAUUUAUUUUCAUCAAAAGACUAUUUAAAUAUUUAUUUAUCAGAUUUUCUGGUCACUUUAGUCUUUAUGUUUUUCAGUAUUUACUGAUGUCACUCAGGCCACUUGAGUUGAUUUCUUUUUUUUUUUAAGUUCUUUUUUAAAAAACUUUCAGUUGUGGUAAAAAAAAAAAGGUGGUUGAAUAAAGGUUUGAAUUUGAAUUCAGUGCUUGUGUGUUCUUUAUUAAAAGUAGGUCAUUGAGCAAUAGCACAAAACAUCCAGGGCUGCAAUUAAAAUAUAUGUUAAAUAAUUAUAAUUAUAUCGAUAAUUAUCGAUAUCGAUCAAUAUGAUUUAUUUUUUAUUGAUAUGCUUUUUUUCUAUAUCGUCCAGGCCUAACCUGUAUUGGAUGUAGGGCACAAAUAUGCCUUUGUUGGUAUAAAGGGGUCUGACCUGCCUAUGGUGUCAAACUCAAAUACUGAAUCUUACUUGUGUGUACUGUUGCUGAUGACUUCUGAGUCAUGUUUUCUCUUUGUUUGGUUCUUUAAACUAUUUGAAAAUGGAAUAUAUUGAAGUGUGUCAUUUUUGGUUUUUAUUCACAGAAUGUCCACCUUUAGAGGACCUCAAGUUUGGACCUUUAGAUUCCUAUAAGCUUGGACAGUAACAUGCCUAGUCAUUUGAGCACUAUGAGAAGGUUUUUUAGUCACUGAAAAACAUUAUAGAAAAAAACAACACUUUAAUCUUUCAAUAGUUAAAAUUGUCAAACAAUGUGUUUUUAUGUUCUGUGACUUGUAUUGUACUCUCAACAAACUUUACCAUACUAUUAGAACAUUUUUAUUUGUGUUCACUGCUGGAUUGUUGUGGGAGUGACACCCCUCCCCCCGGGAUUUGUGCCUAUGGAUCCAACCUUUUGUUCCAGUAGCCCUAACUGGACUCUCCAUAGUUUCUAGAUGUUGGAUCUGUCUUUCAAACUUGUGUUGGCCCAGAGAGUUUCAUUAAAACCUUAUAAACCUUUGUAAACUUGAGACUGGACUUAAUCAAAUAUCAUGCAAAUUCCUGCUCUGCUUGGUGUGAAGCAUUUAUGUUAGUAAAGCAUACACAAGAGCAUACCACCACUAAUCAUUGAGUGAACUUUUGUUCUCACAAAAAUCACUUCAACACAGUAAAUGUACUGAGAGAGGGGAAAAGACUCCAUUGUUAGAGAUCUGGGCACAGGAACAAGGUGUUGCAACAUCUUCUACCAUAGCCUGCCAAAAAAAAGAGAGGUAUGGAAAAACAAAUCAAACUGUGCAGGUGUUGCAGCAGAGUCUGAACAAAGAGAAAUGUUCUGCAUGAGUAUUUGACACACAGAAGAAGGCAUACAGGACAGAAAGGGUGCGGUGCUGAGGGGAGAUAAGUUCAAUAGUUAGCUAAAAGUGUUAUCAUGUCUGUCCAUAGACAUCAUUUUGGGUGUGUUUGAUGUUCAGACGGGCUGCAGGGUGGUGCCUGACACGCAGCUUGUAAAGUAUGUGGGGACUGAUAGAAGAGCCUGAGCAGUUAUGAGCAUGCUUUGAAAAAUCAUAGCUUUAGUAUGGAAAAUCCUUUUGCAGAGACAGCAGCUGACUUUGAAUGAUCAUAAGUAGUUUCCAAAGUGGAGGCUUAGAUUUCCAGUCAGGGCUCCAAUAUAAACCUGUGGAUCAGUUUGUCAUGCAAUCAAUGCUGGUACAAACAGUUGGAUACGUUAUGCCUGGGCUGUAAAAAAAAGAAUAUGCCACAAUAAAACACUGAAUUGUAAACAUUGUUAGGAGAGGAGAGUGAGAUGACAAAGCAUCUACCCAUUCAGAGGUAACAACACUAACCAAGAGGAGUACAGAUACAUCAAAAGAGUGUCAUCACAAGAAUGCCACCAUUAAGUGGCUUCAAAAACUUAGUGCUCAAUAAAUAAUGGAGUAAGAGUCUUGCCUUCCUUUGCGGUCACUGAAAUGUUUCAGUCUGGAGAUUUAUUCUGGUUUUUGUUGACAUUUGCUCAGACUGUGUGGAAGAGCUUUUGCACGGACCACUAUAAAAAUAGAAAUAGUGACAGGUGAAGACGAUUCAUAGGUCAUGGCAAGGAUUUUUAGGGCAAUCAGAGACACAGCUUGGAUCUCUUGCAAAAAUAUAUUUAUGUAUUUAAAGUAAAUUGAAAUCUGCCAAAAUAUGUUGCAAAGUAUAUUUCCGAAAGAUCGACCUCAAAUCUUAAUCACAUACUGUUAUCCUGUGCUAUAAUGACACUUUCAAAUUACGGAAACAUACCACACAAAAAAAUGUUGCUCUAAAACACACUUGUAGUAUAAAUUAAGUGUGUAAACAAAUCAAGCAUGCAGAGACUGUAAGAAAUAAUAUCAGCUCUUUACAACUUGAAUUACAUACAAAUCAAGUGUGCAGAAAUUUUACAGGUAAGAAACACAGAUCGAGGUAGGCAUGCAAUUAAAACCUAAAAUUUGUCAGAGGAUAUUGAUGUGUAUCUAGUUAGCUAUAAUAAGAUGAUGAGAAAUAAAGCAUGUGACUUUUGAUUCUGUGCAAGUCAGGCUGCUCAACAUGACUGACAAAAAGAGUGAAAUUCAGGAUUUAUUUGCAAGGCCAAUCCUGCAAGGAGCAGAAAUUUGCAAACACAAAUAAGUUAAUCAGGCCUGCAAAAGCUGAAUGAUUUACACAGUGUGUCAAAAGUUAGAAUCAAGCAUGAAAGGACCCAGCAAUUGAUUUUUGUGAAAAACAGUCAAAGAUUUGGGUGGAUUCAUAGUAAAAAGGUUGAAUAGAACUCAUGGUAAAGUGUGAUUACUCCAUCGAUAAAGCACAGAAAACUUGAGAUUUCAGACUUAAUGAUUCUGGAGAUCAAUGCAUGUUAAACUUGAGCAUAUGCAGACCAUUUUAAGAUAUUUAUUCCAUUCCACACAAAUAGAAGUAGUCAACUGUGCUAUCAGCUGACAAGGACAGGGACAGGGACGUCAAUACUUGUCAAUAUUGACUGACUUUACAGUUUGCAUCCUUCAGGUAUAGCAUCCAGUGUCAUGUUUAAACUUUCUCUGUUGCAUAUUCCACACAUCUGCCUGACUUUAAGCAAACCAGGGCAAGCCCAGUGUUUGUGUGGAUGUGGGUAAAGUUAGUAAUCUUUCAAUAUAAGAGAUAUGAAUAGAAGUAUUUGACCUGAAAUCACUGAAGACCCAUGGAGCCCCGAUUUCAUGUGGUAGACUCAUGGUUGUCAGUUCUUGAGUCAUAUUUCUGGUGCUUUUCCAUUCACCAUGCUCUGGAAAAGUCUAAAGGCUGAGCCAUUAUCAAAAGUCACUGUGCCCUCUUAAAAAUAUAAACGCUUGUGAAGCUGUGUGCAAACUGGGCACUCAGUCUGGUGCAGGCUGCAGAAAGGUUGGAUUAAUUUUGUGUCCAAUUCUCUGUUGAAAAGGCACUAAGAUUUAGAUAACCAAGACCUGCAUGUAUGAGAACCUACACAGCCAUAUUCAUUUUGUGAUCAUGCAUGGGUGUGUUUUGGCAUAACAUGAAUCAAACCAGUCAAUGAGUAAGCUCUCCUCUCCCUCGAUAGCCAGGUUUGUAGGGCCCUAGGAUUUUCAUGAUGUGACCAGCAUAGACAGGAUCACAGAAUAUGGCAUUAAUAGAGGAAUCAAUCCUGAACAUUUGAUGUAAUGCAGAGAUGACAAAAAAAAUAAAAAUAAGGUGAUAAGAUAAAAGUUUGUGAAAUAAAAAUGAAUCAAAGAACAAAGCACACUUACUCAAACAACUAAUCUUUUAAUAGAUAAAUUAUAUAAGCUAGAAUGAAGAGAGAUUUUUAAAAUAGAUUAUUCAUAUUUUUGUUUGAAUAUUUGAUUGAAAUUUUAUUGACAUGGAUCAAUUUUGCUGUGGGCACAAUGAUAAGGGCACCGGUAGUUAUGCUUGAGGGAUUUAGGAUAUAAAAAAAAAUCUCCCUGUGUUUGAUGGCGUGUGAGUGAGUGUACAUCAGGUUUGACGUGCAUGAUGAAGAGCUUGGUGCUAGUCUUAGAAUGGAAUACAAUAGAAUACAAUAGAAUACAAUAGAAUUCAACUUGUCAUUGCACAUGUCACAAGUACAGAGCAACGAAAUGCAGUUUGCAUCCAUCCAUAAGUGCUUAGUAAGUACAAAUAUAUUUACAAAUUUACACGGUAUGAAGGAGAUAUAUACAUUAGUAUAUAACGGGUAUAUAACAUUGUUAUGAAUAUACUAUAACUGUAAGUAUGCACAGGCUAUAGUAGUGUAUAUACAGGCUAUGAACAGAUUAUACAUAUGGUUAUAAAUAUGAAGGCUAUAAACAGACUAUGAAUAUAAGUAUAUGAUGGAAAAAUUAUGCAGUUUGCAAUAUUGGAUGUAUUUACAGUAGUGCAAAUGAGGUUUGAAAGGUUUUAAGUUGGUUUACAGAUAUAAAGUGCAGGUAACUGUAGAUUUAUUGUAAUUGGUUGUGAGUGGUUGUGAGUGUUUGUUCAGUCAAAGAGUGUUAAUGUGGUUCAGAGGUCAGGAGGCAGAGUUCGGGAGUGUGACAGCUGUGGGGAAGAAGCUGUUCUGGUACCUGGUGGUCUUAGUCCGAAGGCUCCUGUAACGCCUCCCAGAGGGUAGGAGGGUUAAGAGUCCAUGUGCUGGGUGACUGAAGUCUUUGACGAUCUUCAAUCAUCAAAUCAUUCAAUCGUCUUGUGCUUGAGCUCAAGACUGGGGUGGAGCAGGCUUGUGGGAAGGUAGUGCUGAUGGUAUCCUCUGGCAUUCCUUGUUUGGCCCCAAAGUAAAAGCAGUACUCUGAUGUAGGGAUACGAAAAUUCACAGGGUUUCCAUUAAGGCAAGAAACUGAAGCUUAAAGAGCCAGAGGGUUUAAUCACUGUCAUGAUUACAGUCAAUAUAUCAAGAAUGGGACUGUCAUGGUGCAGGUUCACCCAAACCCUUUUGAGCUUGACUUUCUCCCUAUAAGGAAAAGGGCCAAGAGAACUAGUCAGCCAACAGUCAACACAAUACAACACAGUCCAGCCAGACCUCACUACCAUAGGCCAGAGCUGGGCAUGCUCAUCCUGAGAAUCAGCAGCAGAGGAGGGCUCAUUAUCCUUAGGACUGAGAUGAGAAAGUAGCACAUCACAGCUCUUCAUCCUUCAGACCAACAGAGACAGAAGAUAGACAGUUCUUGAGUUAUACACAGGUAGAGGGAAGAGCAGCUCAUUCACCACCAGCUGAGUCUCUGGACACUAUUCCCGCACAGAUAUCCAACAGAUGCUCAGCUUGCUGUGCUAUCAGCUGACAGGGAGGGUACUGUAGCAGAUGGAUCGUAAACUCUUUUUACAGCUUUUUUUUUUCAUUUUUUUUUUCAUUUCCCAGCUUUCCAAGCCUUUAUUAGAAAAAAACAGGACAGUGAAUAGAGCAGGAAACAGGGGGAGAGUGGGAAACUGCAUGCAGGAAGUGAGCCGCAGGUAGGAUUGACUGCAGGCCUGUAUGCUUAAACCAAUAGGACAGUGGUGCCUCUUCUCUUUUUUUUUCUUUUUUACAGUUUUAAAAAGCAUAUAGUAAUUACAGUAAUAGCCACACAUACAUUUUGAUGCCAAAUUUAGAGAAGACGCCCAGGUAAGGGUCAUAAAUAAUCCAAAAAAGAAGUGAACCAUUAAUGUUGUUACCAAAGUUGAGUUACCAAAACAAUGAAAAACUCAGCGAAGCUUUAAACUAAAUUUAUUUGGAUCCAAUAAAUAAAAUCCACCUUAUCUCUUGAAAGAGUUAAAUUGCUUACAUAACUCUGUUGCACCUCGACAGCCACUGUUGCCAUAGUCACAGGAGAGAUUGGUGAGGAAGUUUUUUUCUAUAAUCUCACCUCUCAAGAACCUCAUUCUACAGACUGAACCUUUAAAACAGACACACCUGGCUGUAGAAGACCAGCUGUGUCAGCACCAUCUACACAGAGAGAUUGAAACAAAGAAAACUUCCCUCUAAGGUUCAUAUUCUUCACUAUUCAAGUUCUUCACUAUUAUUAAAUGAAGGCCUAAAGCAGUACAUUUUGAAUCACUCCCUAAUCGCUGCAAAGAAACGGGAAAAUUAGUCUGAUCCUGUCACAGCCUGAGAGAAAACCAGCUGAACACCUGUUAGUCAUAGUCAGUCUCCCUCAGUUUCCUCAUCAUAGAAUUUAAAUUGUGGUUUUUCAGGGCUGGGUUUGUUUGGUUAGUAUUGUGCAACAGAUUACACCAGACUUAACUUAGACAAGGGAAUCUUAAUAAAUGACUUCAACAAGGGAGUACAGUUGGGUGGACACUUUACAAUACACUUUGUAGUUACUGAAUCCAUGUCCUGGAUUACUGCUCACACUCAACAACUGCUGUAGCGCUGUGGGAAAUAUUAUAUCAGUUCAUAAACCUGUUUUCAAGUCCUACUCAGCAACAAAAACUUUACUCUUGAAUUAUGAUCAGAUCUUUCUUUAAGUGAAAAUUUAGGGGAAAAUGAAUAAAGUCAUGAUGAAAACUUAAUCUUAAAAUAAACAAGCAGUCAGAUUGGAGACCUCAUGUCAAUUGUCUGAUUCCUCCAGAGUCCAGACAGACAGGUAUACCAUGUUUUAAACUUUAAACUUAAAGAACUGGAGAAAAUAUCAGCUUGUGUGUUUAGCUCCCACUCUUUGUUCCACUUGUUUCCUUUUAAGACAGUAAGUCAUCAUAAAAUAAUUCAUGGAGCACAGUACAUAAAGACCAAGAGAGCACAGUUGCUACAGAUGGUGACUUUAAAAAACUGGGCAGUGGCAAAUCUUCCAGUGAGUGGCAUAGAGUUGUGAGUGCCAACACUAAGAAGUCGACCUGCCAACAAGUUGCUAUAUUACUGGUUCAGAUUUGAAUUACAGUGAUCUGUCAAAUGCUGUAGAGAUGGUGCCAAAUCUGGACAUCAUAGACGGGAAGGCAAAAAAGAAGUGUACCAUAACCAUGAGGUGUAACUGUGCUUAUAAAGGAAUAGAGUAAAUAAAUAACAGAAUAUGUGACGUAUGACUUUGUGGGAUUUGUGUUAUAAGACCUGGUUACCCAACUGGGCAGCAGCAGGAAUGUGCAAACCACUUUACCUGGUCCAUGUGGACUGUAUGCAGACUGUAUUUAUUCAUUUCAGUUAUUAGGAUGUGUCUUUGAAUAUAGGGUGCUCAGGAUGGUUGCAUCCUGAUAUAAUAGGUCUCAGGUCUGGACCUAGGCAAGCAAAAAACUCAGAUACCUUAGAUGGCUUUUCUCUGUCCGUUAGCUAGUUUGAUUUUAUGUAGCUGUGCAUGAUAUGAAAAUGCUUGUCAAGCUUGUCUAGAUUUAUUGUUUCAAAUUCUUUUCAAAUGUAGUUCAGAGGUUAAGUUACUUAGGCCACUUUAUGUGUUAACAUACUUCCCACACACAAAUGCACAUAAGUGAAAAUGUGGCAAAUACUGUUUUUCUAUGGCAGUGUGACUGGAAUAGUAUGCAUGUAUCCUGGGAUAAAAGCAUAUCAGGUGGUGUAAAUCUGACAUCGACUGCUGUCUAACUCAGUGUUCAGUAACUUUCAGCAGCUCUUGGUCCUGUCUCAUUCUAAAACUGUUUACAAGUGAGCAAAGCACACCAAGAAAACAUUAUUCCUUCUUGUUUGAAACUGGCUGAAGUCCCAAAAAGUGACUCUAGUUCUGCACCACUUUCCUUCAGUCUUUGGUUCCUCUGAAUUCAGAGCCCCACCCCCGCAGGUAGUAAGUCCCCGGGCAUUGACUCAGUACCUAUCUGCAAAGGAUCAGAGUCUCAUGAUUACAGGAUACCUGUAACUAAUAAAUAAAGAUCUUAUUAUGAUAAGAGUCUAGUCUAGAAAGAUUUCAUGCUUCGUAGACAAAGGGUCAAAAUGAAUUUUUUGUUGCAGGCAGUUUUUCAUUUUCCAUCAAUUGUUGGGUAUAUUCAAAAUAAAUGCAUAAAUGAUUUUGCAUACCACUCCUGCUUUUCAAACACAUAUCUCACAUGAUAUCUAAUAAUGAGGUGAUUAAGUAUUAAUUUGAUUAUAUUGCACAUUGUGUUAUAUGUUAACAGUUAACAGUUUUAAAUGUAUUUUCAUUUUACUAAAGUAACUUGUUUGAGUCUGAAUGUAUAUUGACAAUAAGGGCAGUUGAUAUACUUUCAUAAAAAGUACUCUCUCUCUCUCUCUCCUGCAUAUUUACCUAACAAUCUUUCUUUAAAUUACAAUUUUGUUUCAGUUUAUUUGCAUAUCUACAGAGAUGUGACCUAGUAGCUGAAAAGGUGCAUUGUUAAUUGAUAAUUAGGUAAUCCUUACCAGGCAGUAGACUGGAGUGUUUAUCAUCUCAUUCAUGUUUAUUUACAUUUGAUUAAAGUGCUCUUUCUAUUGUAAACAAGACUUAAGUGGGUGCAUAGGGGCCUUUUAAGCAGUAUUGAAUGUUACUUAUAAUUAUAAUAAUUUAUAUACAGUUAUAAUAGUUUUGAUAAACAUCUCAUAAAAUUCUGAAAAGUGUAAAUACUUUUAUUAGAGCUAAGUUUUCAUUAAUAUUUUACAAGCUUAUAAUAAAAACAUUAAUAUAUCUUCAAUCAACCCUUAUGAAAUCUAGUUAAUGUAAACAAACAUCAUAUUGAUGUUUAAGUCCACAUUUUAAAAGAUAAGCAAGUUUCCAAUAAGAGCCUAAAAGUGUACUUCAUUAGCAAUACAUGGGUUAAUUAAGUGGAAAUGCUGAUUAAGCAUUUCUACUUGUUAUGCCUGUUGGCCAUUUUACUUUAUUAUUAUUAUUAUUGAGUGGGAUUGUGAAGCAUUCCCACUAUAUGUUAUUCAUAUCUUUAUUAUUAUUCCACAUUCUACCAUUUUUUGUGCCUUAACUACUUAACACAUACUUCUGCAUAUUCAAAUCAUUCAAAUGUCAAAAUAUUCAUCUCAUUGAGAAGAUUCAGGGGUGUAUUCAGAUUUUUUUCAAACAUUCAUAAUUUCCAAGUUAUUCACGGUUUUCCAACCAAUUUUUCCUACUAGAAAUGCACUACGCACCGUUCAAAACGGCCCCUUUUCCCACAUUUGUUCACACAACUUUAAAAGCCUUCAACUGUCAGAGGUGUGGAUGUAGGACCCAAGUGCAGCACAACAGCAGGUACUUGUUUAGAAGCUACUUUUAUUGCAACAGAUCACAGCAACAGGAAACUGAAGAUACUGGGAUUGAUUUAGCAGUCUCUGUAGAAUCUCCAAGUCCAACAGAAAACAGAUCCACAGGAAACAGAUCCAACAGGCAGAAAGGUGAGUGUACACAGAAAACACACUACACCUGAGAGUCUUUGUGAAGUGCAGCAGCACUGUCGAGGGGCAGGCUGAGCUCGUGGUCGAAGCGGAGGCAAUGUCGAAUCCAGGCAGACAAUCAGCGGGGCAGACUAAUUCCAGAGGGAUCAGACAGAAGGAUAGUCGUGGACAGGCAGUAGGUCAGGAAGCCAGCAACACAGCAAAACCUGAAGUUCUCACCAGAGCGAAGAAACUUGACAGGGGAUCCAAGGGCUGAGACGAUAAGACGUGGUCAGGGACAGGCAGGAGUCGAAACCAAGAAGUCAAUCCAAGCAACAGCAGGAGGUGGCCUAGUACUCCUCUGAACCUGACCAGUCCAUGCCCUCCAUAGGCAAUUCAGCAGGAUCAGAAUUGGUGGAGUUCUCAUCACCGGAACAGUCCUCCUCAGGAGAGGCUGGUAAAACUGAGGAGCAGGCUGUCGAAAGAGGGUCCCUUGGUGGAUUGGAAGCGUUGGAGGGCUGGGAAGGAUGCUGAUGAUGAAAGUUGGCAAUGAGGUCUAGGUCGAGGAUGUGGCGAGAAGGGACCCAGGACCUUUCCUCUGGACCAUAGCCCUCCCAGUCAACCAGGUACUGGAGACCCCUCCCAUGACGACGGGACCGGACGCCUAACGGAGUAGGUAAAGCCCCCAUCAAUAAAGCGAGGAGGAGGAGGAGGCGGGACCACAGAUGAAAGUGGACUCUCAUGAACUGGCUUGAUCCUGGAGACAUGGAAGGUCGGAUGAACUCACAUGGUGCGUGGGAGUUUCAGUCUUACUGCUGUAGGACUGAUGAUCUGCUCAAUAGUGAAUGGGCCGAUGAACUUAGGGGCCAACUUCUUCGACUCUACCCUGAGAGGUAAGUCCCUAGCAGAGAGCCACACCUUCUGGCCCACCUGGUAGUCAGGAGCUGGGGAACGUCGCUGGUUGGCUGCCCUGGCGUAGCGACCCACGGAGCGCUGGAUGGUGGAGCGAGCUCCGUCCCAGGUCCGACGGCAGCGGCGAACAAAGGCUUGAACAGACGGGCAGGUAACCUCAUUCUCUUGAGCAGGGAACAGUGGAGGCUGGUAACCAUAGACGCACUGGAAGGGGGAGAGGCCUGUGGAAGAGCUGGUGAGGGAAUUAUGGGCAUACUCCACCCACAAGAGUUGUUGAGACCAGGAGGAAGGGUUCUGGGAUUCCAGGCAGCGCAGAGCUGUCUCCAUCUCCUGAUUCAUGUGCUCUGUCUGCCCGUUGGACUGGGGGUGGAACCCAGAGGAAAGGCUGGCUGUGGCUCCCAUCAGGCUGCAGAACUCUUUCCAGAAGACCAAGGCGAAUUGGGGACCCCGGUCAGACACCACAUCUACUGGGAGACCAUGCAGGCGGAAAACAUGAACCAGAACUAGCUUGGCAGUCUCCUUAGCAGACGGCAACUUGGGAAUGGGAAUGAAGAGGGCCAUUUUACUAAAGCGGUCCACCACGGUGAGGAUGACUGUGUUACCAUCAAAGGGAGGGAGACCAGUAACGAAGUCUAGGGAGAUAUGGGACCAGGGUCGAUGUGGUAUUUGGAGUGGUUGAAGGAAUCCUGCGGGGGCUUGACGGGAGGUCUUUUGCUGGUUACACGUGGGACAAGCCUUGAUGAAGUUGCGGGUAUCUACCUCCAGGGUGGGCCACCAGGAGCGCCGGCGUAGAAAAUCCUGUGUAUGCCUGGAACCUGGGUGACAGGUAAGCUUGAAGGAGUGGGCCCACUGCAGCACAUCUGACCUCAGUGCUUCUGGAACAUAGAGGCAGUUUGGGGGACAGGCGCUGGGACCUGGCUGUCCCUCGGUGGCAGUUCUCCCCCUCUCCUCUAUGUCCCAGGACAGAGUGGCAACAACACAGGAGGGGGGAAGGAUGGUAACAGGGGUUUCGGCAGAGCCCUCUUUCUUCUGGAACUGCCGGGACAGGGCAUCUGCCUUAGUGUUGCGAGAACCAGGGCGGUAGGAGAGGAUGAAAUUGAACCUUGUGAAGAACAGAGACCAGCGGGCCUGACGGGAAUUAAGUCUCUUGGCUGUGUGAAGGUACUCAAGGUUCUUGUGAUCAGUCCAAAUCAGGAAUGGCUCCUUUGUGCCCUCCAGCCAGUGCCGCCACUCCUCUAGGGCCUCCUUCACCGCUAGUAGUUCUCUGUUGCCAAUGUCAUAGUUUUUCUCAGCUGAAGACAAGCGUCGAGAAAAGAAAGCACAGGGGUGGAGCUUCUGGUCAGCCGCUGAUCUUUGAGAGAGGACAGCUCCAAGCCCCACAUCCGAGGCUUCCACCUCUACCACGAAUUGCUGAUCUGAAUCUGGUACUUGAAGGAUGGGUGCUGAGGUGAACUUUGAUCUUAGAUUCUUGUAAGCCUCAUCAGCAGCAGAAUUCCAUCUGUAUGGCACUUUGGAGCUGGUAAGGGCAGUGAGGGGAGCAGCAACAGAACUGUAAUUCCAGAUGAAAUGGCGGUAGAAGUUUGCAAAACCAAGGAAACGCUGCAACUGUUUGCGGGAGUCAGGAACAGGCCAGGAAGUGACAGCUGAGACCUUUGCUGGGUCCAUCUGGAUGCUAUUUUUUGCCACAAUGAAACCCAGGAAGGAGACAGAUGGGGCAUGGAACUCACACUUUUCUGCUUUGACGAACAGGGAGUUUUUGAGGAGCCGUUGGAGCACUGCCCGGACGUGGUAGAUAUGCUCACUCAGGGUCUUGGAGAAGAUCAGGAUGCAAUCGAGGUAAACAAAGACGCAGCGGUUGAGCAUGUCUCGAAGAACGUCAUUGACCAGGGCUUGGAAGACAGCGGGGGCAUUGGUGAGGCCGAAGGGCAUUACCAGGUACUCGUAGUGCCCAGAUGGAGUGUUGAAGGCUGUCUUCCAUUCGUCUCCCUCUCUGAUGCGGACCAGAUGGUAGGCAUUGCGAAGGUCAAGCUUGGUAAAGACUGUGGCCCCCUGAAGCAGUUCAAAGGCAAAAGAGAUGAGAGGCAGGGGAUAGCGGUUCUUUAUGGUAAUAUCGUUCAGUCCUCGGUAAUCGAUGCAGGGCCUCAAGGUAGUAUCCUUCUUCUCGACAAAGAAGAAGCCCGCCCCAGCAGGAGAGGAGGAGGGACGUAUUAUGCCUGCUGCCAGAGAGUCUUUAAUAUACACAUCCAUGGCCUCUUUUUCAGGUGCAGACAGGGAGUACAGGCGACCCUUGGGCGGAGAUGUGCCAGGCAGGAGGUCAAUGGUGCAAUCAUAAGGCCGAUGAGGGGGCAGUGACGUGGCUUUGGCCUUGCUGAAGACUGCUCUGAGGCGAAGGUACGGGCUGAAGGGAAAACAACAAUGAACAGUUUAUCAGGAAAGGGCCACAAGUCUCUGGACAGCCAUCAUAACGUUCUGGAACUCCCACACGGGGCUCAGGUGCAUCACAGGACAGAGGAGCGGCUGCAGCUGGAGCUGGAGCUGGGGCUGUUGGUAAGGACUGGGUAGCAGCCGACGAAGUGAUAAAGUCCGUUAGUUGUUGUAAUUUAGUAGCUAAUGUAGAGAGGGUCUGCUCAUUAGCCUGGGCUGUUUGUCUGGCAUCUGAGGCUGCAGCAGACAAAAUGGUCUCAUGCUGCUGCAACACACUCUCAAUCCUGGUCAGACGGUCCAAGGGUGAUGGGUUGCCUGCUGGGUCCAUUUCUGGCCAGAUUGUACUGUCAGAGGUGUGGAUGUAGGACCCAAGUGCAGCACAACAGCAGGUACUUGUUUAGAAGCUACUUUUAUUGCAACAGAUCACAGCAACAGGAAACUGAAGAUACUGGGAUUGAUUUAGCAGUCUCUGUAGAAUCUCCAAGUCCAACAGAAAACAGAUCCACAGGAAACAGAUCCAACAGGCAGAAAGGUGAGUGUACACAGAAACACACUACACCUGAGAGUCUUUGUGAAGUGCAGCAGCACUGUCGAGGGGCAGGCUGAGCUCGUGGUCGAAGCGGAGGCAAUGUCGAAUCCAGGCAGACAAUCAGCGGGGCAGACUAAUUCCAGAGGGAUCAGACAGAAGGAUAGUCGUGGACAGGCAGUAGGUCGGGAAGCCAGCAACACAGCAAAACCUGAAGUUCUCACCAGAGCGAAGAAACUUGACAGGGGAUCCAAGGGCUGAGACGAUAAGACGUGGUCAGGGACAGGCAGGAGUCGAAACCAAGAAGUCAAUCCAAGAGAUAAUGCUGGAGAGUCGUGCAUGCUGCAAAGACAAUCUGGCACUGACUGAGGGACACAGAGUGACUUAAAUGCUGGCUGGCUAAUCAGCAGUGAGGAGCUGCAGCUUGUCACUCACAGGUGUGGGGAAUCAGUGCUGAUGAGGAGGUGUGGCAGGGGUGAGGUGUGGCAGGUGAGUGAGAGUCAGCCUGAGAUACACAGCAGAGUGUGACAUCAACUCCUCUGUACCUCCACCUAUAAACUUCAUUCAAACAUUCACACACCUUCAGACAUUCACUCAAUCAUUCACCAUCUUCAUGGCAUUCAUACGUUUCUCACAGACAGUUUAAAAAGUCACAGGAUUUCCUGACCUCUUCAGGUUUUAACAUUAGUGUGUAUUGCAUGGAAUGUUGGCAGCUACAGUGGGUGACCUCAUAGCGAGAGUGAGAGGCUGAAAAUUUGUCCUCAAAACUUUGCCUUUACAAAAGGAUUGUGGCAACUCCACUCUACACAGAUAAUAUGUGGUACAAUGAUGGCAAAACUUGCUGUCACUCUUCAUCUCAAAAAUCAAAGCCGUAGGACACACAGUGGCUAGGGCAGACACCAACUGCCACAGACAUCCCCAACAUUUCUCCAGCUUUCUCCAUUGACUCCAAUACAAAUGUAAGAGGAGGAUUUUUUAAGGAAACACAUCUUGGCAAUGUUUUUAACUUGUCCUAGUAAAGACAUUUUUGGCUCUACAAACACAGAAAUUAUAUCAACGUGUUCAGUGGAUUUUGGGGUUCCCACAAGCUCAUUGUCAUGAAGAUAGCAGUUACAGAGGAGGAGAAUUAGGGCAUAGUUUGAGCAUUGCUCUCUCAGCCUCAAGCCUCCUUUCUCCUGCUGUAGUGAUGCAUCUACCUUUACCAUGGCAACCAAUUUGUGUACCUGGAGACACACAGCUGGCUGGGAAGCUGCUUCUAAUGGCUGUAUGAGACACAUGAAGCCAGGCUCAGUACACAGAGUUCUGGGGAUUACAUUUAAAAACCUUCACUAGAGUUACUUGACAAACUUUGUCAUCUAUCAUUUCCCACAAACUUUGAGCUACAGAAACCAUUCAGGGCUUAAUGAAUUCAGCUCAUCGAGGACAUAAUGGGAUGCAUUCAGUGUUUUUUUUCAUUUAAAUUUCUUUCCACAAUAGAUUCAGUUUUAUUAUUCAUGCAUUAUUUAAUUCAUCAGACAGAUAAAAAAUUAUUCAAACUGAGUUAGACCUUUUUGAUAUUUCUAAUACUUUAAGAUUUUUUAAUGAUUUAAAUUUUUCCUGUUUUAAAUAAUUUUUUUGAUUCAUACAUCUUUCUAUUUUUCAAACAAAUUCCAACUCAUUCAAGCUGUGGAGGCAGAAAUGGAUAUGCUGCGGAUAUAUAUGUCAAUGCAGCCGUAAAUAGCCGUAAAUGACAUUGAGCUUUAGUUUAUGAUAUGAAUCCAUAUGCCACAAUAAGGUGUUGGUGUCUCUGCAGGUGUAGGUUACCGCGGUUGUCAGAGACAUGUUGCUCGUCGGAGCUUGACUCCCUCUGGAUCACGAAUGUUGAUCAUCAUCAGUUUGAUUGUUUCUUCAGAAACCACAAAAACUCUCUGAAUGACCCACUGAUACAUCCACUGAUAACCCUGCAGAUGACCAGCUUCAGUCAUUUCCCCCUCCAAAAAAAGCAGCUUUAUGACUUUAUUUACUUAUUCUUCCAAGUUAACAACUUCAAUCUCUAAGUCUUUGAAAAAAAAAAAAAUAAUGUGUCAAUGAUCCUCUGCUGUAGUUUUGUCCUCUUUCUUAUUUCUAAUGUUUUUGAUUGUGGUAGCAGAGUGGAUCAUUUUGUCUCUAAAUCUAUAAUGUUUGGUUUUUCAGACUUAUGUGAGUUAAGAGAUCAUGCGCCUGAGCUGACUGUCUGCUGUUUUUGGAUUUCUUUUAUUUCCUUUGAAGACGCGCUGCGUCUCCAAGUGAGUCCAGCCUUUCAUCCGAAAUGCGCAGCUGUGCACUAGCACGCAUAGAAUUCUGGGAUACCGAGGCCACAAAAGCGUGCAUAAAUGCAUGCUUGACGAAGGGGCGGGGGGAGUGUGGUUUUGAGACUGAAUUUGAAACUCACUCAGCAUUUCGAGCCAGAUGGGACACCGUUCGCGCUGCGUGAUGACAUCACGCACACUUUAAAUGCGCCAUUUGAUGGUGCGGUCUCUGAAAUGAGACACAGCCAUGAAGCCAGGCUCAGUACACAGAGCUUACAUUUAAAACCCUUCAUGAGAGCACUUGACAAACUUCAGCCCCUAUCUCCUCUGACAAACUUUUACCUACAGAAACGAUUCAGGGCUUCAAAAAUUCAGCUCAUUGAGGACAUUAUGGGGUGUAUUCAGAAAAUCUAUUUAUUUUAAUUUCUUUCCAUUUUAAAAUCACUCAGUGAUAAUGCAUUAUUUUAUUCUUCAAACAAAUUUUAACUCAUUCAAACUGAUUCAAUCAUUUCUGAUCCCACUUCUUCGACUACAACCACUGCUAAUAUCAAUUGAAAUGGUACUUUGACUUCUACUUAAACUACUAUUGCUACUAUUUCUACUUUCUCUACUGCUACUACUACUUCUACUCCUAACUCUACUACUUUGGCUUAUACUUCUUCUAUUCUCAGACUACUUCUACUGCUUUCAUGACUAAUAAUAUCACUACUAUGACUACUUAUCAUCCUACUACUAGUACUACAACUUAAACUUAUGCCACUUCUCACUUUCCUGCCUUUUAAGGAAAUUUCCUUCUUCGUUCAAACUUUUCAGCCUCUUUCAGCAUGAAUCAAAUUUCAAUUUAUGGAGCAUAUUCAUACUAUUUGUCCUUUAAACAUUUUCACAAUUAUUCAACUUCUAUUUCUUUUUCACCCCCUAAACAGCUUUUACAUUUAUACCUUCCUCCAUUUUUUAUCAGCAGUUUAGCAUUACUUUUUCAGCUUUCAGCACUCAGCAUUUCCACGCAUUUUCUGCAAGGAAAUGCAAUUUUUCUAGUUGUGCUUUGUUAACACUAACCAACAUUUUAUAAACGAUUAUGAGCUUCUUGUAAGGUCUUAUAUGUGGUUUAUUAACCACAGUUAAUUCUUGUUAAAGGACUUUAAAUUGUUACCACAGGUGGAAAAACUUAUCCAGAUUAACAAUAUUUUUUUGGGCUGUCAAGAUUGGCAGCUGCACAGUUUACAAAGUUUCUGACACACUAAUAGCAGCCACACAUAGAAAGAAAAUAUACACAAGAAUAACUAGAACAGCACUCGGAGAGCGGUUUGGUUAUCCUUCAGCAUUGAAAAUUCCAACGGCACCCUUAUUUUUUUGUGUUCUGUAUCACAGUAUCCAGAAUUUUGUCUGGAUCAGGAUCAACCUUUGACACCUCUUAAAACUCAUUGAGAUCCUUUUGUGUAAUUUUUAACUAAAGACUCUGGCCAUUUUUAUAGAGUUCAAUGAAAAAAUUCAAAAAUUUGCCCUAUCACACAAUGAUAAAGAAUCCUUAAAAAAAUUCCUGGAUCCAGAAGGCGAUCCGGAUCACCACCAAAAUGUAAUUGGAUUCUCCUGGGGCUGAGACGCACCUCUGGGGAAAAUUUCAGGUCAAUCCGUCUGUAACUUUCUCCGUAAAGUUGCUAACAGACAAACAAACAAACAAACCAACACUACCAAAAACAUAACCUACUUGGUGGAGGUAAUUAUCUAGAAUGAAAAUAAAUUUAUGAUACAAGAUAAUGAAACAGCUUAUCUUCAUCCAAAUCAACCAAAUUACACAGCCAGUGUGGGCUCAUUGUAAUACCAGGUUUGAAUUACUCAUAGUUCGGGAAUUUAAUCAAAAGAAAAAUCUGAGGCUGAUUCAUGAUUUCUGUAUUUGACACUGUUAUUUAGUGUUUUAUUAUGCAGCACCUUUAACUGUGUAGCAUAAACUGACCUCAUACUGACGAAACAUCUUUGCUAUGUGGAAUGUUUGUUUUCAGUCCUAAGUCAUGUUUUUUGGUAUCAACAUAAAUACUCUAGUAUCGUUUAGAUCAGAGGUCAUGAGCUUGCAAAGCGAGAUAUUCAGUUAUCUUUUUUAUAAACAGAAAAAGUGUUUCAGAAAAAGUGUUUCUGAAUUUGCUGUUUUUUGACUGUUGUGUUUCUGAUUUUGCAGCUUGUCUCCUACGCUACAACCUUUUGUCACUGGUCCACUUCCUCUACCUUCUCCUGCUGCCAUGGUUUCUGUGUCCCAACAAACACACAAUCAGAGGUAGGAUACUUUAUGUUUUUACACGUCUCUUGCAGCAUUAAUGCUCCUUAUCACUGACCCUGAUGGAAUCUGAUAACCUAACUUAAUGUGUUUGUUCUGUCAUAUUCUUUUGUAUUACAUUAUUUUUCACAGAGUGAUAUGGUCUUUUUCUUUUUGAGGAUUUCCUCUGUUUGCAUUUUUUCUCAUGUUUUGAUAUGUUUUAGAAGUUUUAGACAGGGCAUUUUAUUAUUUCCUGGCACUGUGGCCUUGGGGUGCUGUCCCUCAUCUUAGCCACUUUACACCCUGGUGUAAACCUCCCAGUCUGACAGAGCAAACAGAGACAAAUCAUCUGUGAAAAAAAAGUCAGAGAUAAACCCUUCUCUUCUUGAUUACACUGUGAGAUAUAGGACUGGUAAUGGCAGGCCUCCACUCAGUGUUACUCUACGGGCACUGUCACUGAGAACACUAUUAGACAGUCAGCACUGUCUGACAGUGGUCUCAGCACUAAGAGAGUGUUCCUGGGGCUCUAGAGUUCCCCAGAGUGUCCUUUUCACCACCUAACACAAACUGCAAUCCAGGUCAGCAGUCCUUCACUGCUGCAGAGUCAAGUCCUUUGUUUGCUUUCUGAGCUGUUUGAUGGUUUGCUGGAACUUUGCUGAGACCAAUCAAAAAUCUGUCUUUUUAAACUUCUCCCAUGCCAAGGUUUUGCCUCCUCAAAAAAUGACUUGUUUUGAAGAAGAAAUGCAAACUCAAGAGUGAGAAUGAGCUCCGACACACUUGUUACAGCUGAAAAAUUUUCAGUGCGCUGUUUCUGUUUCUUUCAAUCACUGAGUAUGUUAGAUAUACAGGUUAAAUAAUUAUGUGCCUGCCAAGUCGAGCAAGGCAUGCACAUAUUGUUAUCAUCCGGGCAGGCUCAGUAACGGCCCCAAAAUGCAGAGCAAUCGCGCCUGAAAUGGGGAGGGGGGUGAUGAAAAAAACAAACCAAAAAAUACCCCCAAAAUUCCUCAUUCGUGUGUAUUGCAUGCCAAGGCGUAUAUUAGUAUCCUAGACAGCGGGUUUCUUUUUUUAUUACUAUUAUAGACUCACCUUCGGCAAUUAAUGCGGCCUGGUAAGGCGCAUCCAGGCAUGGCAAAUAUCAAAACGUGCGUCCAUCGUGCAACAGUGGGGAUUAAUUUUCUCUAUCAUUACUGUUUCCAUGGUGACACUAGAUGCCUAAAAGCGGCGAAAAUUUCCCUGUGUAAGUGGAUGGGAGAGGGCGACAAAAAAAUUGAUUUUUCCCAUGACUCUGACGCCUUGCCCUGUCACCAUACUUUGACGUGGAAGCGUGAUUAAAACAUCAAAACGUUGACACCAGACCUGUGAUUUCAAAAGUGUAGACAGCUCAUCGAUAUCUGGUACAGUUUGGCCACAGAAACUGUUCAAGCGAGGGGUGCAAAUGAGGAUUUUUUCGUUUUUUUGAAGUGAUGACUCAUCAUUUUAGAGUGAAGAGAAGUGAACAUGUGAUCCCAGUUUUUAAUUACUAAAUCACUGCCAUGGCUACAAUUUUCACUCAACACUAGUGCUGCACGAUAUUGGAAAAAACUAACAUUGCGAUUUUUUUCAACCCUGCGAUAUAUAUUGUGAGAUUAAAAAAUACAGGAAUUUUCACCAGAUGACCUGAAUAGCACUUUAUGUUGUGAUGCACUGCUGAAGUCUUGAGGACAGUUAACCUGCACUGAUCUUACCUCUUUUCGUGAAUGUUAGUAGAGUGGCUUCUGUCUGUCUUAAAGAUAUUUGUAGCAUACUUCUAUUGUGCUGAGACCUGUUAUCUCUCAUUGUGGCAACUGAUGAAAGGCACUGCCAACACAGGACACGUGUUUGGUCGAUAUCAUCCUUUUUGUAACCGAAAUAAUGACGGAUAACUGACAUAGAUUUUUCUUUUUGGCAACAAGUCUUCAUUUUUCAGUGGUUUUCUUUUGUUUGUUGCUCCUUUUGCAAUCUUUGUUUUUGUUACUGGUGUUGUGCCAAGAAAUGCCCGUCCUCCGAGAGUUGCAUGCACCUCACGGAAACGUGCACUGCUUACAGUAGAGUUAUCCACGGAAAUGUUUGAUUUAAAACCCAUACAAAUCUUAUUUGUGGGGCUAAACAGUGAUGAGUAAUGUACUGAAUGUAAUUCUUGGCGGGCAUGCUGUCUCGGUACAACACCGGUAGCGCCAGCGACUCACUCCAUGUGCAGGGGCGUGGUUUAUUCCUCUCUGAUUUUGAUUGAUAGCUGGUAGGGGGUAGUCUGGUUGACAACUUAGUAAAGAACAAAUGUGAUUGGUGGAUCGCUGCACAGCACAUGCAGUGUUACAUCAUAGACUGUAUAUACUAUGGACAACUUGGUUCUGCCUACCGCCUGUAUACGGAUUUGAGGCCAAAUAGCUCUCGGUAUUUCCGGGAUUUUUCUUCAUUUCCUGAAACCAGAGCUGCGCAGUAGCGAUGCACGCAUUCGGGCGCGCAGUUGCAGAGAGUCACUGUGAUGACGCUCAGCUCAAACAGCGUAUCUCCCGGGAGAGCCACGCAAUCCCUGAACGCCCAUAGGCUGUAUCAGGUGUCAAUCAUAGAAAACAUGAACCCCCUAAUAACUUAUAAAAACGGAGCUUCACAGAAAAAAGAGGACUUGAGCACAAACCAGUCUGACAAUAACUACAUGUCAACAUCACAAGCAGGGGGGAGAAAAAAUUAUGCUCUGUGUAAUACAUUUCUAAAAUUUUCCACAGCCCUAUAAGCUUUGCUGCCGGGGGCGGUAUUUAUGACCUGUACUGCAGCUCAUCACCAGAGGGUGCUGUUCUCGGAGUGGCUUCACCCAGCGAGGAGGCAGACUCUGUCCAUUCUUUAAACAGUCUAUGAGUCACAUGCAGUGUAUCUCAGUCAGCUACCCUUGAAAUUAGAUGAGUUCAUUCGCCUCCGACAUUGCAGGGUCUGCGAUGAGACUAUUGCACACACGUACAUCGCAAUGACGAUGCUCAAACGAUAUAUCGUGCAGCCCUACUCAACACACACAAAUUAUACAUCAAAACGCAGGAAAUCUACCAGCCAGACAGAAAAUGUGGACCUUGAAGCCGUGAGACGCUCACUUUUCAAGCUAUGAGGUUUUGUUCGGGAGGAGAUACCUGUUUCACUUCUAUCCCCCACCAUUUAAAAAGAAGACAAACGCUCCACAUCUGACUGGUCGAUCAUUUUCUCCAAACAACUCGCACUCCCGUCUAAACCGUAAAGCUUAGCAAACUUUUCCUUCUGAUAUGUCAGAGCUGUAUUCCAGCAGUCGCUCACGGUCCAGAGUUUUUCCGAUACGACAUGUAGUUUGUCAGCAACAAGCCUUUUGUGGACACUUGUGAGAUAUCAAAAUUCCUAAUUAAAGUGAAUGGAGCUGCUGAAAACAUGGGGUGGUCUCCAUAUUUGGAGCUUGAUUAUGAUGUCAUACUUUGAGGUAAAAAUGUGAUUUGAACACUGACCUUUAGAUGACAUGUGAACCCCCUAAACCUGUGAAAACCGCAUUUCAAUAUCUCUUAUGGUUUUCCUACAAAGUGAGUUUGUUUGGGCCAGUCCUGUUCUAAGCAGGUGAGCUGCAGGUGCACUGUCACCAUGGAGAUUCCUACUCAGAGCACAGGGCCCAUCCACCUGAUCUUGAUUGACAGCUGUCUUCCAGACACCACAACACAGAGACAGCCGGAUUGCCACGAGUUUCAAGUCAGAUUCAUGACAAAGGCCGUAAAUCAUCAAGGCUUUGACAUAUCAGCACCGUAUUUGAUGCAUCCCCUCAUUACCCCACGCUGAAGAAUGUCCCAAUCUGCAGCCAUCUUGGAUGACCCCACCAUCCCAUAACAGGAGGUAGCCCUUAACGCAUUAAUGCCCUCAUGUAUCUCCACCCAAAACAUGGCCCAAGCGAGCAGGCAAAAUUUCCCUGGAAUUUUUCUAGUUAUUGAUACAAUCACCCCUCUGUGAACUGUGAACACUAAUAAUUUGUUAGUCUCAGCAUUUUUAAAACAUUACAAUGACCUAGUUUCAGCUUUUGAAAAGUGUGGAUUUGCUUUGAUAUGAAACAAACGAAAAAAGAAACAUGGCUGUAUGUCUCCGAACAUGUCCUCCAUCUACUCCCAGUGCAUGUGUUUUAACUGUGUUUUCUAUUUGAUAGGUUGUGCGGAUGUACCAGAAUGAUUAAUCAAGACCAAUGGCUGUUGUUGUAAUGUUCAUUAACUUUAUGAGGAACAACAUCAACAACUGAGUGAUGUUGUUCUCUAUAUCAGCAUUUGUAGACUGUCUCUUGUACAGAUUUCUUGAUGGAAAUGAACUGUUCAUUUCUUGUCUCUUUGUCCUCCAGGUCACACAGGCCGGUUUAUCAAAGUAGUAUUCUGUACCAGUCUACUGUUUGUACUGGGACAUAUUUGCUUCCAGACAGUACUGUACACAUAUCCUCCCCUCAGUAUCGUCAUAACUGAUAACUGUUCACAAUGGGACACCAUAACAAGACAUGUAGGACUGUCCAGGUCAGUAACUUGUUUUUGAUUACGUUGUGCAUCAGCAAUUCAUGCAGUGUCAAUGGAAAAGUCAAAGUCGGUGCUACUGUAUGACCCAGUUCCUAAAGAGGUGGAAGUCUGUGUAAAAUGGUAAAAAGACAAUACUUAAUAAUGACUGUAGUGUUAAGACAAUAUAUCAACCAUUGUUUCAUGAAAACUUUGUGCUUUUUUUAAAAGUUUAAUAUCUGUACUACAUUUUGAAAAAGUUGGGAGCAGUCAUCUCUACCACUGUGUUACAUCAGCUCUUCUUUAAAGGAGCUGGUGGCAUUACUGGAUCAUGUUCCUCUUUGCAUGGCACAGUAUUUACCUACAUUUAUAGAUGCAUUGAUUGUUGGCAGACAGUAUUUUUUGGAUGUAAUGUUGAGGUCAUGCAGUGACGUCCAGUACAGAGACAUGUUUGUUUUAAAUGCAGUGACACUUGAGGAAAGGGCCCUAUCAACUCUUGGGGAUAUUAUAUAGACAAACCCUUACCCUAAAUAUAGGGAAUUUAAAAUUAAUAAACCAUUCAAUUCUGAUAUUGUCAACAUUUUACACAGCAUCCAAACCUUUUCUGGAGCUGGGGUCAAAUUUUAAGUUAGACUUAUCUCUCUUUACUUUGCCCCUUUUUUGGAUGGGAUCGUAAAUUAUGAGGCCAAAUUUAUAUUUUCUCUAUAUUUUACAAUGUCAAUAGUCUGUCUAACAGUUCUCUGCAGUGAUUGUUAAGGAAAAGUUGGACCCUUGCAACAAAUGCAUGUGUUGUCUUCUAGGCUUCCCUUGGAAGACCCCUGGAAUGUGUUACGUCUUCUGUGUCCUGACCUGGGUGUGUGCAUUGUUACCUUGGUAACAAUAAUCCUCUGCAGUAGAUUGGUCAGAAACAGAGAGAUGGUGGCUGCUGCCAACAUAACAUCGGUAAGUUGUGUGUUUUUGUAAGGGGUUGGUGGUUCUGUUUGCAAGACUGUCUGAUAAUUUUGUAGAUGCAUAGUUUUUUUGUUAGUUAACUGGAUAAUCAGGUCUUAAAUAACACAAUAUUUUGUGCUACAGGAUCAGUGCUGUAUCAGCUGUUCUUAUAUAGCUUGUUUAUACAGGCUGGUGAAGAAAUUGAAAUGUACUGUUUAACGGGUUGGAAGUCAUUGUUAAAAGUGGAACCAGCCAUCUGCUAUUACUCUGUAGCUGGGACUCCCUAGUUAGCCUGUUGAACCAUUUCAAUAUAUGACUGACCUUCAGGCUUUUAAAGACAGUUUCUCAAACUAUGACGCUAGGCAAAACGUAAAUCAGACUUGAUAGACCAUUAAUGAUGGGGCAAAUUUAUUGUAUUUAUUUAACUGGAAAACUAAAAUACUUGGCAGGUGUCCAUGACUUUUGAAGUUAUUUUGUACGUGGUUUGGCAGUAGGCCAAAAAACAGCCUAGACGGAUGGCUGUUAACUUUGACUCUUUGACAGGUAUCCUUAUAUGCUGUCAAAUGUUUUGGGAAGUGGUGAUGCUGAGAUAUCUCCCAGUCAUAAGAAGCAUCAGACCUUCUCCACCUGUUACUGUGUGUCAUUACUGAGUGUUUUGCUGGUACCUCACAGUUCUCACAGGGAUAUUGGUUUACUCUGUGUGCAUGUGUGUGCGUGUGUGUGUAGCUCCUCUGCAAUUUUGGGCAGGGGGUCUAUUUUAGUUCUUUGUCAGACAGCCAAAUGCUGUUAUUAACUAAUGGAACAUGAGAGCCUGAGUAUUAUGUCUUUAAUCUCUAAAAGUGAAGACCAAGGAGAGUGACAGCAUGCCAAAGUUAAACUGGUACGAUCUGUUUAUGUGUGAAUUGUUAUAAUAAACCCAAGGACCCAACACUACGCAAGCCUCCUUCAUUGUUGCCAUGCAUCAAAUUUUUUUCUCCAAAAUGACAAAUUUGCCUUUUAAAGGACAUUCACUGUCUGGUAAUGGCACUAAAAUGCUUAAGACCUUUUCAUUCCAGGACCCAGCCUUCUGAAGCCUCCUCAUUGUUGCCAUGCAUCAAAUUUUUCUCCAAAAUGACAAAUUUGCCUUUUAAAGGACAUUCACUGUCUGGUAAUGGCACAAUUUGAGCAAAUCUCAUGUUGAUUUCAUUGAAUUCUCAUGUGACUUUUUGACGGGCUUGUUCAGAGCAUCCUGUGGUUCCAUCUGGGGGUUUUUUCAACGCACAUGAACCUUUAAUCCUAAACUUUGAUCAUAUAUAGUACUGAUGUGAUGUUCAUCAUUCUCACUGAACAUUAGUUUCCUAAAUAUGAAAUAAGCAUAACAUUUCCUCUUUUAAUGACUUAUCAUUGCAGCUCAUUUUGACCUUUUAUUUCGUAUUGUUGCCUUUAAUCACAUAUUGUCACGCUGUUGUAAUUUGCGCUGAUUGUGGUCUUACAUGUGAAAGUUUUCGGCAAACGUUGCUCCAAAGUCUGUUCACCUUGAUCAGUAUUAACAGUGCUUUUCCAGAUGUGCAAGUGACCCAUGCCAUGCUCAUUUAUACAUCUUUAUUCUGUAGCAGACCAUGGCUUCAGAGCUCUCUCAAGGCUGGCUCCUGUCCUGUCAGAGCAGACGACAUGGCAUCCAUGUUUUCAAAAACAAUUUGUUUUUAGUUUGUUUUGUCUGCAGGACAAUUUUUCACUUCACCUAAGACCAUCAUAACUGGACUAAAAAGAAGUUGCUGUUUUUUUCUGAAUCAUGACUAUAUAAUGUUUCCUCUUUGCAUGGUUCAGUUUGGUCCUGCAUUGGUGGAGGCAGUGAUGAACUGUAUUUAAAGACAAUGGUUUUCGGUAGUGGUUCUUGAGCCCAUGCUGCAAUUUCAUAUGCAGUCAGUCUGUUUGCAUCACGGUGCCACCUGAGAACACAGGAAUCCAGCUUCUUCUGCAGAGGUUUCUCCAGAUUGUGCUCAUCAUAUGCUGAUUUAUGUGUGCAUAGUUCUUUGCAAAAGAGUAAGGGGUUUGCCUAGCAGACAUAAUUUUUACCUGCAGAACUGAUGAUUUAGGAUGUUGGUGAUGAGGAGCCAGGUCAGCGCGUAAUGUGGUCUCAAUGGUUCUAACUGGACAAGUGGGUCAUGGUCCAGAAGAUCUCUUUGCUCCUGUCAGAAACCUCACUUUGGUAACAAGUGCAUUGUUUGCUUCUGAAUCAGUCCAAAAGCAGACUGACUAGCUUUGAUUGUUUUGUGACCUCUUAUGUGAAUUAAAUCAACUCCCACUGUACUAUAUGUUCAAAUAGUCAUAGUCACCAAUAAGCUGUUUGCUCCUUUAGCCAUUUACUUUGAAUUAUUGGUGAUGAUCCCGUUGAAUGUAUUAUAAUUAGGUAGGAAUAAGGUAGUUUGGCUGUCUUAUAUAAUUAUCUUUUACAGUGUUUGAAAUGAGAAACUUUGAAAAUGAAUGUAUCUGAACUCAAACCUGUUACAUAGAGACAAAAACAUCAGAAAGAAUAGAAUAUAGAAUAGAAUAUUCCUUGAUUGAUCCCCCAUGGGGGAAAUUUUUUUCUCACAGCAGCAUCACAGACAAAGAGUGCAAAAAUGCAGUUAUAAGAAUAGAGAUCGUUAUAUUAAGAACUUAAAUAAAUGUUACAAUUAAGAAAAAAAUUAGGAAAAGGAAAAAGGGAGAAGAAAAAUAAAAACAAAACUGUAUACAAUAUACACAAUUUAAGUACCAGAAAAAAAGUGGUGGUGUGAGUCCAGUUUUAUUACAGUUCGUUGUAAAGUCUUAUUGCAGAAGGGAGGAAUGACCUGCGGUAGCACUCAUUCCUCCCUUCUGCGGACUCAGACUUUUAGACUCACAGUUACAUAGUGAUCGUCUUUUACUGCUGAAAACGUACUUCACUGUAAUUUGAUGACUAACUGAACACCAUCCAAGCCUCUGUAAACUGGUUCUUGUCCUCCAUCUCAGCUGGAUGAUGACAUAACAGGCAACACUACAGAUGAUGAUGAGGAUAUUAAGGAGGAAGAACCAUCAGAAGAUGAAGACGAAGAAGAGAGAUCACUACCUGUGGACCUCGAUGAGGAGAUUUCCACAGUAUCAAGAGCAAAGCAACUAGCUGAGCGUCUGAAGGCUACAGCCCGGAAAGUUCUGCGGGACUUAGGGAGAAUCUUGGCUGUCAUCCUGCUGGCUUUGGCAGGUAGGCUUUGUGUGUACCUUCUAAGAUGUCCACAUUUUCUCUGGUUCACACUAGGUUGUCACACAGGUGGUUUACUUUUUUUCUGUAUUUUCAUUGCAGUUAGUAUGUUGUGAAUGGAUAAAUGUGACAUGUAAUGUGUAAGUGCUUUGAGUAGUCAGAAGAUUUGAGAGAGUCCAUUUACCUAACAGGCUGGAUGGUGUGAGGGGGUGUUGCACAGGACCAUGACGGCUGUUACUUAAAACUACUUUGGACCCCCUUUUUUACCUCUAAGCUAAACUGGCCCCAAGAAUUAAAUCACAUACCUUCAUUCAAUCAGAAGUUGAUAAUGCAUUUCUGACCACAAAUAAUCAGUUCUUACUAAAAUGAUCAGCUUGAAUGGGAGCCUUGGUAUAUUUCAACAAUGGUCAUAUUUUCCCAUUUGUCUGUGUGUGCUUGACUGAUGAAGAGAACAAUUCUUCAAAUUGGUCCUGAACUGUUGGAGAAUUGAGCAGCAGGCAGCCGCCAAGUGAGAUAAAACAAAGUUUGACUGUGCAACAUCAAACUGGUCCACUGCACGUGAUCUAUUUCACCACAGACAGUUAUUACAGGUCCAGAGUGCACAAUUGAAAGGGUUUGUCUGACCUCCCACUUGCUCCGGUCUGUGUACAACCAUUUCUCGUUAAUAAAGAAGUGAAACAUGAUUGUCAUAUUAAAUAUUUGUUUCCAACCUCUGUUGUUUCUUUCCCUGCAGGGAUAACACUACCGUCAGCCUUUUCUGCCAUCUAUUUUCUGCUUUUCAUUGGUGUGUGCUCAUGGUGGGCUUGCCACCUUCCCAUCAGCCAUCUGGGUUUUAAUGCACUGUGUGUGAUGGUGGGCUUCUUCACGUCUGGUCACAUGCUCUGUCUGUACUUGUACCAGAGUCUGCUUUCCCAGGCCCUGUUCCCUCCACACUCCCUGUGGGCCAGGUAAGAGUGCACAUGAAAAUAAGAAAUGUUCAAUUUCUGCUUAAACAAGAACCCAUUGAGCACAUAUACAGCUGGAUCAGUGUUUACUCCAUCACUUAGCUGUGGGCCUGUAGGAAGCAGAGGUUGAUGAAAUGCUAAACGGACCAUGGUAUUAGGCAGGACAGUGUUUGAAGACAGAUUAAAAUGCAUACAGACAUUAUACAAGAUAGAUAACCUUAAUAAGUUGCUGCAAUCCUGUUUCUUCAGUCUCCAUGUAGCAUUAUUGAAAAGAGUUUAUUGUCAUAAAUUACAGCUUCAAAUGCAAGGUUCAAGACUGCACAGGCAAAAAGAGAAGCUUUUCACUUUUGCUGAAAUAAUCCUCCUUAGGGGUAUGCAGCCAGUCUUGGUUCAUGUUCAUUACACAAUCCUAAUUCAUCACUUUAUUUCACUGUAUUAUCACUUGCAAGCUCACUCCUUUUUCAUUUUUGGAAACUUUUUUGAACUCAAGCAACAAAAUAAACCUCUACUCGGUUCCUUGGCUGUAAAAAUAUAGAAUCUGCUUCCAGUAGCUUGACUGACAGUAAGGUUAUUGAGUUGUCAUGUCCUGGGAAUAUGUCAUCCAAGAGUCUCACCCUACAUCUAACUGUCCAGUUAUACCAAACUGCCUCCUGCAUGUCAGAUGUAGGUGGAGACAUACAUUUGACUGGCCCAAUUGGAGUCCCACCCUUUCUUUUAUCCUUUCACCUGCUCAAAGGCACCAUCAGGUGGCAAAACUUCACAGCACAGCCACAGAAAAAUAAAUAAAUAUAUAAAGCUUUUAUAAAUAAGAUAUGAUGAUUUUAAAUUUCUUUUUCUCCAAUUCUCUUUAGACUCUUUGGUCUGAAAGACAUCAUCAUACCAGGAAACUGCUCUUCCCCCUAUAACCUCAACCUCAACACUAAUCAUGACUGGCCAGUGUAUGUCAACCCAGGAAUACUAUUCCUCCUCUACAUUACCAUUGCAACUGUUCUGAAAACAGGAUGCCAUGCAUCGCCAAACCAGGUAUCCUAAUAAACUGAUGUGACAUUUUCUAUACAGCAAAGUUACACAGCAAUCAUAAAACAGUUUGUUUUUGAACAUGUGGUUGAAUUAUUUGACCUUCAGCACUGCAACAUGCUAUUGGUCACUGUCAGUCUGUGAUGGUUAUGUUUAGACCUGCACCAUCUAACUGUGUUGACCAUAAUUCUGUACAGAAGAUAAACUGAGCUGUAGUUCACAUGCAGUCUUCUGCAUUGUAGUCCCAUGUUGCAGCUUUUUUACCUCAAAACUGAUCAUGUGUUGUUAAAGAACUUGUAGCAAAUGACUUUUAUCUAGAGUAACUAUCUGUACAUGACAUACCUUCCAGCUCUGCAGGCAAGUUAAAGAGGGCUCAAUGGAAAGUGAAGAGAUUCAUUUGGUGCAAUGUUUUUGUGAUCAAUAGGUUGAGGUGGAGAGGAAACAGGAGAAAAGCAGUGUGUUAAAGGAGGAGGAGGAAGUGGAGGUAAGAUAUUGAUUAUAUUGAUACAUGAGUUCAUUUCUUCAAAACCUACUCAGCUAAAUUCAGUUUAUGUCCACAAGUGUUGAUCAGUCUCAUGGCAAAUGCUGAAAUUCAAACAUUUAAGUUACAUUCAAUGAAAAUAAAAAUACCAUGAAACUGAACCAGCACAAUUUAUGAGAGAGGUUAAAUUUUUAGAAAGUAAACUGUUGUAACCGUGUACAGGUUCACGCUAAUAUCUUGAGUUAUUUUCUCCCUGUUCUGUUUCAGAUCAUGCUUCAGUCUAUGGAAACUGGACCUGACAGAGGGAGAGAAACCACUGAGGAGAAGCAACAAGAAGAUCUGGGUAUUGUGUUUUCUUUUUUUCACAGUUACAAUGACAAAACAAGAAUCUCAGCAAUAGAAGUUCUGUAAAGUACUUGAGUUUAACAAACAAAAACAUUUGCCACACUGAAAAAGAUAUAACAAUGGAGAGAGUCAGUCUGCAUAAAAAUGUGAUUCAUAUCAGAAACUCUGGUUAUCUGUGCAAAUUUCUCAAGACAAUGGGCUCUAUUUUCAUGUACACCGGGGAUGCGGCGGAGGGGGGCGGACCCAGCAUUUUCAUCUGGCAGAGCCCAGCAUGCAGCCAGUUUGGUAUUUUGGUGGACUUAGGCGCACCAAGAUCCGCCAAGCUGGGUGUGGUGGCAUGGCAGGGGGAGGUGUCGACAGGAUCAGCAGGCGCAGUGACAUUUUUGUGCUCGCCACCGGCAUAUUAAGUGCGCUGAAAGCGCGCAGAUUCAAACCUGGUCAGCUUUCAGCGCAGGCAGAGCGCAGCUGGUCUAGAGGUAUUUUGGUAGACCGGCAUACAUCACCGAUGCUUCACCGGCAGGUUUCCACAGUGUCAGGCAUCCACAGUGAUCGAGUGAUCUAUAUUCUGAUCUAUAUCUGAUCUGAUGAGCGCGUUUGGCACGUGUUUGGACACACAACCUGACGGAAUCAACACAGCUGAAACCGCAUUAAAUUAAAUUAAAUAUCUAGUAAAUAGACACACACGAUGAAGUUAACAAGCUAUGUAAUUCAUCUCCCUCCUUUUCUUUCUUCCUCAUCCUCUUAUUUCUCACACAGCUCGACUUGGACAUGUCUCCGUGUCCUUUCUCCGUCCUGCUGCAGCUGCUGCUGCGGCGGCUGAACAGAUGAUUUGUUUCAGUGAUCAGAUGAGUUAUUUACUUUAAGCCUACAUACGAAUAUUGUAAUAUUCAGUUUUGUGAGCCAAAUUUAUUUUAUAUGCCAACACCUGUAAAAGAAAGAGCCAGGCCACGGAGCGUGAUGCAUUAUUUACGCACAGAUGGUUCAGAUUUUAAUGCAAUUUUUGGAAUUUAUGAUGUGAUCUGUGAGCACAACCCACCUUUGUCACGUGAGGUUUAAAUAUGUGCAACUUUAUGCGAGUGUCUUUAUUUGUGGAAAAGGGUGUUUGUCUUACUAGUGGGUCCAACAUUACACACACCAAACUCAUCUGUACUCAUAUGAGAGAGUGUGAAGGACACCCUCUGCAGCGUUUACAGUGACACUUGUUGAGGAGCUGCCUUCUGUCGCCAUCAGGUGGCAUUACUGUCUUCAGACAUCUCUUGAUCUCUUUGACUACUGCACGAAAAUAGUAAUACACCUUGCCAGUGGCGGAUUUAAAGGCAGGGAGAGGAGCUUAUGUGAUUGGUGAAAAUAGGUCUCGGCUGUGUUAAACCCACUCCACGACCUCUCUCCUUCCUCAUUACGACUUACGUCGCUGGGAGGAGCUGAGUUAUGGAGGGGAGAUACUUAUGCCAGGCUGCGCCGCUCACCAAAAUACCAAAUUGUGCUUGGGAAUGCCUUGUCGGCGCGGCGGACCUGACGCUGCGCAUGCACCGCAUCGCCGGCGAGGCACGAAAAUAGAGCCCAUAGUCCUUUCUAUCACUCACUGCGAAAUUUUCUGGCGUGUUACGCUACUGUGCACCUGAACUGUUAAGUUUCUGCAAUUGGUGUAGAAGGAUGGUUUCUGUAGAUGGUAGAGAAGGGGGCAACACAGAGCAAAUGGUGAUGGUCUUGGGACUGAACAAGUUUAUACAUUUAUUGAUCCACCGGGCCAACAAAGCUGCUUCCUCAGAAACUUUGGCAAUAAAUGCAGUUCAUUUACAUGAAGACAUCUAUUUCUAAUGCUGUUUUAAGUAAAGGUUUGUCUGCCUCACCAGUCCUUUGACAGAAACCUCUGUUAUUUAUGUUCUUGAACUGAAUGAGACAGCUAAAAAAAGAUUAAUUUGGAAGUAUGAAGCAACAAAACAGCAUCAGUCCUCAGGUUGUUUAUGGAUUCACAAUAAAUCUUCUAAAUAUUUGUGGAGGACUGCUAAAGCUAGGCAGCAGCUGCUCCUGCUUCUUCUUCAUGCUAUUUUUAGCACAAUAACCAUACUUAUUACCCAUCGGUCCAUCUCUCCACCCAUCCAUCCAUUGCUACAUAUUUUUGUAUCUUCUGCAGGUGUCAGUGGUAUCUCCAGUGCCCCACAGAGUGAAAAUCCUUUUUUUCUGUUGGGGAAGGUGGUCAUGCAGCAGAGCUAUGUCUGUGCUCUCAUAGCUAUGAUGGUAACUUAUGGAGAAAAAAUAAACACACACAUACCAAAACAAAAUAAUUAAUAAUGAUCAUUUAUUUCUUCAUGUUUUAACUUCUGUUGACCUUACAAACAGCAUGAGUGAACCAGCACUGAUCAAUCUCAGAGAUCAGAAGAGUCCUAAUCAAAGGCUGUUUUCAUCCUGCACAGGUUUGGAGUAUUACAUACCAUAGCUGGCUGACGUUUGUGCUGCUGCUGUGGGCCUGCCUUAUCUGGAUUCUACGUACCAGGUGUGUUGACCUCUCAUCUGCGGACAGAAUAACUCAGGAACCUGAAAAUAUGUUUGUUUUAUCUCAUGUUUACUGAACAUAUUUGCUUGUAUGCAGUACAGAAAUCAUGUUUCUUAAAUCCUAGAGUUAUCUCACAGGUUGCAUGAAGACUGGACCCACACCCAUGUUUUCUCUCAAGGGUUUGACCUGGAUUCAGAUUGUUGUCUUAUUUUGCAGACGACAUGCAGCCACUUUGUGCUCUCCAUUCAUUCUGCUCUACGGCCUGGCUCUGUGCUGUCUGCAGUAUGUAUGGGCUAUGGAGCUUCAGCCUGAACUGCCCACCAGUUUGGGGACCAUGAGCCUCAGUCAGCUAGGACUAGACAGACCCCAGUACCCCUGUCUAAGACUGGGAGCCAUGGUAAGAUGAGGAACGACAGCAGAUACUUGGCGAUGUGAUGAAGAUGAUUUAGAUUUGGUUCAUAACAGCUGUGGUUGUGUGUAUAAGAGAGACUUGCCGGAAAAGUUCCUCUGAUGUACAGGGCAGAAUAAAUCUAGAUUUUGUCUUUUUGCUGCUGUUAGAAAGCCUUCUCUGAAACUGACUGAACCAUCUUUUAUUUAUUGUUUUGCCUUUUUCUUCUCAUUUAGCUUUUGUUCACUUUAACCUUCUGGUUGUUGGUACGUCAGUCAGUGAAGGAAAACUUCAGCAUGAAGAAAAAAAUGUUUACCCCACUACAAGAAGUCACUACGGGGGGUAAUAUGUCCUACACACACAUGGAUGCAUGCACUCAGAUGCACACACACAAAAUGAUGAUGUGUUUCUUUCUCAUUGAAGGAUUGUGUUGAACACUAACUUUCUAAUCGGCUUUUCAGAGGAGAAGGUUGGCAGUGAGUCAGUGCUGAAGGUUUUAGGAGGCAUGGUGAUGACCUGUUAUGCCAAAUACUGGAUCUAUGUGUGUGGAGGGAUGUUCAUCAUGGUCUCUUUUGCUGGAAAGCUUGUUGGUUACAAAAUUGUCUACAUGCUGCUGUUCCUGCUCUGCCUCUGUCUGUAUCAGGUAGGAUCAAGCACACUGAACACUGAUUCAGGCUGUUUUAUAAACCUCUUGUAGUUGUUGGUCAGUAAGGUGUACUCAUCAUGAAAUAAAACAAUAAAAGGUGGUUGGUGUGUUCAUGUGUCUCAGGUGUAUUACUCGUUAUGGAGGCGUUUGUUGAAGCUCUUUUGGUGGCUCGUCGUAGCCUACACUAUGGUGGUGCUGAUCACCAUCUACACCUAUCAGUUUGAGGACUUUCCUGGCUAUUGGAGAAACUUCACUGGCUUCACAGAAAAUCAGUAUGUAUCAAACACAAACUUAAGACGUCUUUGUUUCUCACUCUGUAGGCCUGUAGGCACAGGAGUGAAAAGAAUUAAGAAACAGCAUUUGAAUGAAAAAUGACAUGAAUAUGUAAUGUGUCUCUGCUCUCUUCCUCAGACUGGCAGCAAUUGGUCUGGAGACGUUUGCUCUGUCUGAACUCUUCACCAGUAUCCUGAUCCCAGGAUUCUUUUUGCUGGCCUGUAUUCUGCAGCUACACUACUUCCACAAACCCUUCAUGAGGAUUACUGACCUGGAUCAUGUCACACCUUUACAGAAGUACAAUGAGUCAGGCUCAUUCUCCUUCAAAAUGUUGUUUUUUGUAUUUAUUAGAGUUCUUGUAAGAGAUCAGGAUAUUUGAGCCCAUAUUUUCAGUCAAGCUGAACAUCUGGAUGGAGAUACAUCUGGAAAGUAUUCACAGCGCUACCCUUUUUUCACAUUUUUCUGUUACACCCUUGUACCAAAAUGGAUUAAAUUCACGUUUUACAUCCAAAUUUGACACACAAUCACCAAUAAUGACAAGGUAUUGUUUGAAACUUUUGCGAAUUUAUUAGAAAUAAAAAAACUAAAACAUAACAUGUACAUAGGAAUUCAGAGUGUUUGCUAUGACACUCAAAAUUGAGCCCAUGAACAUCCUGUUUCCACUCAUCAUGCUUCAGAUGUUUCCACAACUUGACUGGACUCCAUCCUUGGUAUAUUCAGUUGAUUGGACAUAAUUUGGAAAGACACACACCUGUCUGUUCAAGGUCUGAUUGUUGACAGUGCAUGUCAGAGAACAAACCAAGUCAUGAAGUCCAGGGAAUUGUCUGUAGACCUCUGAGACCGAACUGUAUGGAGUCACAGAUCUGGGAAAGGGAACAGGAAAAUUUCUGCAGCAUUAAAGGUCCCAGUGACCACAGUGGUCUCCAUCAUCUGUGAAUGCAAGAAGUUUGGAACCACCAGGACUCUUCCUUGAGCUGGCCGCCAAUCUGAAUGAUCGCAGUAGAAGGGCCUUAGUCAGAAAGGUGACCAAGAACCUGAUGGUCACUUUUAGAGAGCUCCAGCAUUGCUGUGGGGAGAGAGGAGAACCAUCCAGAAGGACAACCAUUUCUGCAGCACUCCACCACUAGGCCUGUAUGGUAGAUUAGCCAGAUUAAAGCCACUCCUCAGUAAAAGGCACAGGACAGACUGCCUGGAGUUUAAAAGGCAGCUGAAGGACUCUCAGACCAUUAAAAAACAAAAUUCUCUGGUCUAAUAAAACAAAGAUUGAACUCUUUGGCCUGGAUGCCAAGUGUCUUGUCUGAAGGGAGCCAUCUAAGUCUACUGGGAGACUAGUCAGGGUAGAGAGAAAGAUAAAUGCAGCAAUGUACAGAGACAUCCUUGAUGUUAACCUUCUCUAGAGCACUCUUGACCUCAGACUGGGAUGAAGAGUCAUCCUUCAACAGGACAAUGAUCCUAAGCACACAGCCAAGAUAACACAGCAGUGGCUUUAGGACAACUGUUAAUGUCCUUUAGUGGCCCAGCCAGAGACCAGACUUGAACCUAAUUAAACAUCUCUGGAGAGAUCUAUAAUGGCUGUGCACCAAGGCUCCCCAUCCAACUUGACGGAGCUUAAGAGGUUUUGCAAAGAAGAUUUGCAAAAGUUUCAACACAAACUUUUUUAAAGUUGUCAUUAUGGGGUAUUGUGUGUCAGAUUUUGUGGUAAAACAUGAAUUUAAUCCAUUUUGGAAUAAGACUGUAACACAAGAAAAUGUGAAAAAAGCUUAGGGCUGUGAAUACUAUACAGAGGGACUGUGAAUUCGUUAGGGGGUUAGGAUGAGGGAGACGGGAGACUGAAACACAUCUAUGCAAAUGUUUAAAAGUUUGGCUAACUGGAAUUCUCACACAGCUUAUUGUCAUAUUAUUGACACUGAUGUUCUGUCUGUGGGUAUUAAUAAGAAAAAUGAGAAGUAUAAAAAGACAACAGCCUUUCCAGCCUUUUUUAUCAGGAUAUUUUAAUCUUAGCACAAGAAGUUAUCACUAAAACUACAAACCCCAAUUCCAUGUUGAGACGUAUUGUAAAAUGUGAAUAAUAUUAGAAUCAGAAUACUUUAUUUACCCUCGAGGUAAGUGAAAUUGAUCAGUUUGAACAUGAAAUAUCGUGUCUUUGUAGUGCAUUUAAUUGAAUAUAGGUCGACGAUGUAAAAUUCACUGUGUUCUGUUUUUAUUCACAUUUUGCGCAAACUUAGGUUUGUAUUUACUGUUACCAAGCCUUGCAUUUACUGUUGUACUUUUAGAAAUGUGUUUCUCAAUGUGGCAUCUAAAUUUACAAUGGUCACAAAGUACCUUUAAUCAUUUCAUUUAAUGUUUAUAUUUAGAGUUUAUAAUUUUCUUACCAGACAUACAGUAAAUUGGCAAAAGUAGCCAGAGGGGAUAAUAUCCUGGUAUAGUUCAAGAAUAUAGUCUGUUCCUAUUUAACAUUCUGACUCCUGAAACCAAGUUAACUCAGUUUAUCUCAGGAUUAGGACUCCUUACAUACUCUCAUUUUAACUAACAAAGACAAUCUGCCACCAGGAAGAACAGUCAGAAGCCUGAGCACAUUGGUCCCAGAAAUGAAGGGGUUAAUUCUAGAGAAGAAGACCGGCUGACAAACAUUGAUGAGGAAUCUGAAGAGGAAGGUAGGCAGAACAGUAACAGUUCACUUUUGAGACACUUUUUCACGACAUCAUUUUUCACCUGAUCUCAUUUGGAUGUUCUCCAUUUGUUGUUUCUAUCAUGUGGCCCUCACCCCUUCAUCCCCUGAUGUAUCCAUCAUCCUCCUGCUCAGUGGAGCCAGUGCCCAGUAAAUGGGGUCUGGUGAUGGACAGGUUACUGGUUCUGUCCUCAAAGUUCUCAGAGAUUCUGACCAAACUUCAAGUGUUUCUCUGGAGGCUUCUGGAGCUCCACAUUCUCAAGAUGGUGGCCUUCUUCUCCGUGUGGGUUGCAGUAGAGGAGGUAAAGGGUGGGGGUGUUUGUGUUGGGAAAAGAGUAAAGGGCACUGGCAUUGUGAAGUCUGCAUCAGAGCCCUUCAGCUCUUGAUUAUUUAAGAGUGGGAGAAUCCUCAACCCUUGCAUCACUUUGCAGGACUGUGUCUCAACACCAGUGUGUCUGUGAGUGAAACACUGGGGUUGGUCACAGUAUGUCUCUGAAGCAUCUCUGCAGCAGACAGACUCAUAAAAAAUGACUUCUUUAGACAUUUACCUUUUGUAACAGUCAUUUAGUCACUGAACAUCCAGCUUGAUAAGAGUUUAUUUCGGUUUGGACCUAAAGGAUCAGUGAUGAUAAAUGUUUGAUACCAGUGAUAAAACCUUGGGUUUAUUAUGGCUUGAUUUUUGUUCUUAUUCUUUGUUUUUCUGCAGCCAUCUGUGAUGAACCUGGUUCUGGUAGUGUUGUGGUCACUGGCGAUGCCAUACAGUCGCUUCAGGCCGAUGGCAUCCUGUUUAUCUACAGUUUGGGUUUGUGUCAUCAUUGUGUGUAAGAUGUUGUACCAGCUCACUGUGGUCAACCCCGUGGAGUACUCCAGUAACUGUAGCCUGGUAAGACACACAUCCACACACAUCUAUAAGGCUGAGGCUUCAUGUUAUAUAUCAUGUAGUCCUUUCUUUAGGGCUGUUGGACCCAAUGCUGUUCAUCGCCCCUCACUCAGUUAGGAUGUUCAAGUGCAAAUCAUGACUGUGCAUGUUUUCAGGUCCUCAGAAAUAAGGGAUGGGCUCAACAAACCACCAUCAGCUUUCCCCUCACUAAAAUUAAUGGGAUCAUGUCUCCAGUCUCCGUUUUUGUUAUUAGCUGGCUGAUCUUCUUCACUCUGCUUCUUCCGUCUGCUAACAAAUACCCUGAUGUGAGACUGCCCAUCACCGGUCUCCUCCGUCUUAAUGUCAAACUUGAAACUUGUGUCUGCAGAUCUUCCGCAACUUGUUAUUGUCACCUUUUGUGUCAAAACACUUCCACACAUCACUUUUCCUGGUCUUGGCUGAUCAUGGUGCAUGAAUAUGUCAGAGGAUUAUCAUCAUCACUGAAGUCAUUUCUGAUAAUGUGCCCAUCACAUUAUCAUAAAUGAAACUCGAUCAUAACUCUUGGCUUGAUGAAGCUACAGGAAUGAGAUUUCCACUGGCAAUGAAAUUGCUUGUGUACUUUUUCCUUACAGCCUCUAACAAAUGAAACAAACCUGUCAUCAGAGGAGAUGUCAAAGUCUUCACUGUAUGCAGAGCCGGUGGAUCCAGCUAAAUGGUUUGGUAUCAGAAAGGAUGCCACAGUACUGGGAUACAGCAAGGUGAGUGAUGUUUAUUUGGUCUGGCGGGCAAGAACAGGAUCGUUUAGACUUUUUGAAGAUGUAGAAACGCUUUGUCCUGUCUGACUUUUUUGCAGAACCAUUUGAUUGUGUUGAUGCUGCUUGUGUUUGAGGCAACAGUUUACCGUCACCAGGCUCACCACUAUCGUCAGCUCCAGCGAUCUCCGCCGACCAUCCCUGCUCUGUUCCCCAAAGCAACCAGAGACACUUUAGACCAGGGCCUUGUACCCUGCUUUAAGUACCUGCUUAACUACAUCUUCUAUAAGUUUGGAUUAGAGGUAUCUGUACCUCAUUAGAAUACCUUACUUCAACCUGUAGGAAUGAAAAAAAUCAUACUUAGGUGUUUUCUAAUGCAUGAAUCACUUUUCAGAAGUGCCAGUGAUUAAAGUCUAAAAUGGUUAAAUCAGCCUUUUAUAGCAUGGUUUGUCCUUCUUCUUUUGACUUGUUUUUUUCUCCUAAAAACCUGUUUGCUGCUUGGACAGAUCUGCUUCCUGAUGACGGUGAAUGUGAUUGGCCAGAGGAUGAACUUCAUGGUGAUAAUUCACGGCUGUUGGUUGGUAGCCAUCUUGGUCAGGCGGCGACGGGCUGAGAUUGAAAGAAUCUGGCCCAAAUAUUGUCUCUUCCUGUCCAUCUUCAUGAUCUUCCAGUAUCUACUGUGUGUUGGGAUACCACCUGCUCUCUGCAUAGGUGAGUUCUGAUAUGAAAUCAUGUGAUGUGGACCCUGUGCGAUCAUGAAAAGUACAGCCUGAGAUGUUGCCAAGCUUUACUGGCACAGGGUGAUACGCACACACACACACACACACACACACACACACACACACACACACACACACACACACACACACACACACACACACACACACACAGAGCAGCACCACAUUUUUUAACAAUCCUUAAGAAUAGAAUAGAAUAGAAUAUUCCUAUUAUUCCUUUAUUGAUCCCCCAUGGGGGAAUUUUUAUUUGUCACAGCAGCAUCACAGACAAAGAGUGCAAAAAUGCAGUUAUAAAAAUAAAGAUCAUUAUAUUAAGAACUUAAAUAAAUGUAAUAAUUGAGAAAAAAUUUUGGAAAAGGAAAAAGGGAGUAGAAAAAUAAAACUAUCUACUAAUAUAAUAUACACAAUUUAAGAACUAGUACCAGAAAAAAAGUGGUGGUGUGAGUCCAGUUUUAUUACAGUUCAUUGUUAAGUCUUAUUGCAGAAGGGAGGAAUCCGGGUCCGUAAGAUCCCGAAGCGUUUAUGCUGAUGUUGAGCCGGUUUUUAAUCUCUCAUCUGGUCUACCUCUGUUUUAAGCGCCCAUUAUUCCACCAGAGUCUCUGCUAUUUACUUUGUUUUACUGCUUGUGUUUUCCAUCCUUUUUGGUUGGUUUCUACUGUCAGAUAUUGCAGCACACUAACUUUGUUUGGGCUUGUGCAUGUCAUUGGAGGACGUGGAGCGUGCCUCACCACACGAGGGAGCAGCGUCUGCCUCACAACCAAUCAGGUUGGUGGAGGUGGAGAAUGGCUUUGUUUACAGUCAGAAAGAGUGGGGCGCUUAAAAAAUGUUUAAAUGUUGACUAGACAGACAUAACACAGCAAUAUUGUUGUAUUACCGGCGCUCCGUCUUGCAAGGUGGGAGUCUAAGUCUGCUGCUGAAGGAGCUGCUUAAAGCCCCCACAGUCUGGUGCAGUGGGUGAGAGGGAUUGUCCAUGAUGGAUACAAGCUUUGCUAACAUCCUCCUCUCACCCACCUCCUCCAGGGAGUCCAAAGAACAGUCCAGGACAGAACUGGCCCUCCUGACCAGUCUAUUCAGUCUCUUCCUGUCCCUCUCGGUGCCCCCUGCCCCCCAGCAGACCACUGCAUAGAAAAGUGCAGAUGCUACCACAGAGUCAUAGAAAGUCCUGAGCAGAGUCCUGCACACUCCAAAAGACCUCAGUCUCCUCAGCAGGUGGAGACGACUUUGGCCCUUCUUGUACAAGACGUCUGUGUUUGUUGACCAGUCCAGUUUAUUGUUGAGGUGGACACCCAGGAAUCUGUAGGACUCCACCGAUGUCCAGACCCUGGAUGUUCACUAAACAGUCUGAGGUGUCCUCCUCCUGCGGAAAUCCACGACCAUCUCCUUUGUCUUACUGGUGUUAAGCUGGAGGUGGUUUGUGCCACAUCAGUUGACAAAGUCAGUGAUGACAGUCCUGUAUUCCCACUCAUCCCCUGACGAUACACAUCCGACGAUGGCUGUAUCAUCAGAGAACUUCUUGAGGUUACAGCUCCCAGAGUUGUAGCUGAAGUCUGAGGUGUACAGGGUGAAGAGGAAGGGGGAGAGCACUGUCCCUUGGUCUGUGCAGGAGGUAGUCCACGGUCCAUGCAGCUGGGUCACAGUCCACUCCCGCCCUCUCGAGCUUCCCCCUGAGCAGUGAAGGCUGGAUGGUGUUGAAAGCACUGAAGAAGUCAAAAAACAUGACCCUCACAGUGCUGCCAGUGUUCUCCAAGUAAGCCAUGGACCUCUGCAGCAGGUAGAUGACUACAGUAGCACCAAUGCUUUUUACUGUCACAUUGACUGGGCCCCAUUUGUAAUCAUCUGAAGUAUUAACUUCAUUAUAUCUGAAUUUAACUGGAACGAUAUGAGCGAGCACAAGCGUCUGUUUGUGGGCGGGGCUUGCUGGAUUAGAAAGGGAGGGGAGAGGAGGAGCUGAGGGGAAAACUGGUUGGGAGGGGUAGAAGAAGAAGAACUUUAUUGAUCCCCGAAAGGAAAUUCAAUUGUCUGUUGUCUCACGAAAUAUGUCUAUAAAAGUUAUCUACUAUUUAAACAAGAGUUAUAAAGUCUAAUGGCUGUUGGUACAAAAGAUCUUCUGAAUCUUUCUGCCCUGCAGAGAAGAGAGAGGAGCCGUCCACCACCAUUGGCCCUUUAGUCCAUCAAGAUGUUGUGAAGUGGGUGAUCCAUGUUCUUGAGAAUAGACUCCACCUUCCUCAGUGUAGAUCUCUCCACCACAUCCUCCACUGAGUCCAGCUUGAGUCCUACCACAGAGCCAGCCUUUUUCACCAGUUUGUUCAGACGUCUUGCAUCUUUGUGUUUGAUGCUUCCUCCCCAGCAGACUGCAGCGUAGACCAGCACACUUGCCACCACAGACUGAUAAAACAUCUGCAGCAUCUACUGAUGUCUAUUGAUCAGAGUCUUCUCAGGCAAAAGAGGCGGCUCUGCCCCUUUCUGUAGAUGAAGUCUAUAUUCUUAGACCAAUCCAACUUAUUAUCCAGGUGUACACCUAGGUAUCUAUAUGAUGUCACCACUUCGAUGUCCACUUCACAGGUGUUCAUUGGCUGAAGAGGGGGUUUGGAUCUACGAAGUCUAUGACCAUCUCCUUUGUCUUUGAGGUGUUGAGGAGGAGGCAGUUUUUGUGACUCCAGUCACUGAAGGUUCUUAUCAGAUCUCUGUAUUCAGCUUCUUGUCCAUUUCUGAUACAUGCCACGAUAGCAGUGUCAUCUGAGUAUUUCUGGAUGUGGCAGGACUCAGUACUGUAUUUGAAGUCUGAUGUAUACAGUGCGAACAGGAAUGGCGCCAGCACUGUCCUUUGUGGAGCCCCUGUACUGCUCAUUAAUGUCCCAGAAACACAGUUCCCCAGCCUGACAAACUGUGGCCUUCCUGUCAGGUAAUCUGUGAUCCAGGAAACACAGGAAGGAUCCACUCCCAUCUCUGCGAGCUUGUCUUUGAGUAUGGAGGGUUGGAUGGGGUUGAAUGCACUUGAAAAGUCAAGAACAUGAUCCUCACAUAAACCCCAGGUUCCUCCAGAUGAGACAGGGCAUGGUGAAGCAUGUAGAGGACAGCACCAUCCACUCCAAUGUGUGCUUUGUAUGCAAACUGCAGGGAGUCCAGUUUGUCUUUGACCUCAGACUUCAGAAGGUGUAGAAUCAGCCGCUCCAGGGUUUUCAUGAUGUGUGAAGUGAGGGCCACUGGUCUGUAGUCAUUGAGUUCAGCAGGACAUUUUGUUCUUAGUACUGGCUCAAUGCAGGAUGUUUUCCACAGAGCAGGUACCCGCCCCAGCUGUAGACUCAGGUUGAAGAUCUUGUGGAGAGGUUGACACAGUACUGCAGCACAGUCUCUAAGCAGCUUUGGAUGAACACCAUCUGGACCAGCUGCCUUCCCAGGACAAAGUCUUCCAAGUUCCAUCCUCACCCCUGUUUGGGUGACAGACAAGGACUGGUGUUCUAGGAGGGAGGCAGUUGAAGUGGUUGAGAUAUUUAAACAAGAUGGAGGAGGAAGGGGAGAAGUUGUAGUGGAGAUUUGUUGCGGAGAGGAAGGUGGAGUAGCAGUGCAAGUGGGAGUGACAGCAGUGUCAAAUAUGUUGAAGAACAGGUUGAGUUCAUCAGCUCUUUUCACAUCACCCACCACUAGCUGUCUUUUCUUUUGACUGCUGUGUCCAUAGAUGGUACUGAUUCCUCUCCACACUUCACGGAUGUUGCUGUGUUGUAGAUUAUUCUCUGUAGUGUUUACAUUUAAGUUUUUUCCCCAAAACUGACACUUCCUCAGCCACCACCCCUACCUUUAAGGUAAUAAAAGGUGACACACUGGCCGUUUUUUUCAUGUAAAGCCAGAAUCAUGCCUUUAAAUAAUAAUAUCAACCUAUUUACCUUAGUUUGCACCCAUUGUGUGCAGCCUAAAUAGAAAAAUGUGGAUGGACACACCCUGAUUCACCCUGUGCCAUACAUCUCAGACAAGGGGCUCUAUUUUCGUGCCUCGCCAGAGAUGUGCCGCAGGCGCAGCGUAAGUCAGGUCCGCCCUGUUCCCAAGGCAUUCCCAAGCACAAUUUGGUAUUUUGGUGAGUGGCGCAGCCCGUCAUAAGUAUCCCCCCUCCCUAACGCAGCUCCUCCCAGCGGCGUAAGUCAUAGCGAAGGAGGAGAGAGGGCAUGGAGCGGGUUUAACACAGCCGAGACCAAUCACAUAAGCUCCUCUCCUUACCUUUAAAUCCGCCACCGGCGAGGUGUAUUACUAUUUUCGUGAAGUAGUCUAAGAGAUCAAGAGAUGUCUGAAGACAGCAAUGCCACACGAUGGCGACAGAAGGCAGCUCCUCAACAAGUGUCACUGUAAGCGCUGCAUUGGGCGUCCUCCACACUCUCUCAUUUGAGCACAGAUGGAUUUGGUGUGUGUAAUGUUGGACCCACUGGUAAGACAAACACCCUUUUACACAAAAAAAAGACACUCACAUAAAGUUGCAUAUAUUCAAACCUCAUGUGACAAAGGUGAGUUGAGCGCACAGAUCACAACAUUAACUCCAAAAAUGGCAUUAAAAUCGGAACCAUCUGUGCGUAAUGACGCAUCGCGCUCCGUGGCCUGGCUCUUUUUUUUCAUAGAUGUUGGCAUAUAAAAUAAAUUUGACUCACAAAACUGAAUAUUAUAAUAUUUGUAUGUAGGCUUAAAGUAAAUAACUCAUCUGAUCACUGAAACAAAUAAUCUGUUCAGCCGCAGCAGCAGCAAAAGGACGGGGAAAGGACACAGAGACAUGUCCAGGUCGAGCUGCAUGAGAAAUAAGAAGAAGAGGAAGAAAGAAAAGGAGGGAGACGAAUUAAAUAUCUUGUUGACUACAUCAUGUGUGUUUAUUUACUAGAUAUUUAAUUUAAUUUUAUGUGGUUUCAGCUGUGUUGAUUCUGUCAGGUAGUGUGUCCAAACGCGUGCCAAACGCACUCAUCAGAUCAGAUAUAGAUCAGAAUAUAUCUAUAUAGAUCUAAAUGUAUGUGCUGACUCAGAUUAAUAGUUGAUGAUGAUUAUUUAUUGCACUGAAAUGUGCCUGACACUGUGGAAACCUGCCGGACGUAUGCAGAUACGCCGCCGGUCUACCAAAAUCCCACUAGAUCAGCUGCGCUCCGCCUGCACUGAAUGCUGACCAGGUUUGAAUUGUCAAGCUUUCAGCGCACUUUACACACCACUGGCGAGCACGAAAAUGUCACUGCGCCCGCUGAUUCUGUCGACACCUCCCCCUGCCAUGCCACCAUGCCCAUCUUGGCGGAUCUCGGUUCGCCUCUGUGCGCCUCAGUCCACGAAAAUACCAAACUGGCUGUACGCCGGGCUCCGCCAAACAAAAAUACAACUGCGCGGGGUCUGCCACCCUCCGUCGCCUCACUGGCGUACACGAAAAUAGAGCCCCAUGUGUUUUAGAUCCUUAAAAAGGGUGCAGAUUUAAAUGAAUGUCAAAAUUACUGUAGAUGUUAUAAACAGAGCUCAGCUGAUGAACCUCUAUCCAGAUUGCAGCUCUGUACAUGAACGCAUUUAUUCUGAUUUGACUGUGACGGAGCAGGAGAGAUGAUGCUUUGCUCAUGUUGGAAAGACCAGGAGAUUUAACAGCAGCCCAGCCAUCAGUGGGCCGUAGUUAGUGUGGCUAUUGUAUUAAACAACAUUGUAACUAUUGUAACAAUGUUUUUAUACAGACCCGUUAACAAACACCAUCAGUACAGAAUCACAAAAACACUCCAUCUUGUUGUUUAUGGUUUAGUUAUCCCCAGAUAAUGUGGACCAGAUCAAAGUCACCCCCCGAUGAAAGCCAACACAAAAAGAGGCGAAAUUUCUAUGCAUAAAGAUAUUUUCAGGAGCCCUCAUAAAUAAUUUUCAAAUACCAGAAUUAGACUCAUGAGUAUCAAAGUAACCUGCUAAGGUGCUGCUGGUUCAUAAGCUUCUGGCACAAUGUGUUGAACAUUUAAAGGUCUUAAUCACAAGCUACAGUUCAAGAAUAAGAUUAAUGUAUUCUUCAUUUUUUGAACCUCUUUCGCUUUCAUUCAUAAACUUUUUUGAAUCAUAAACCAGAGACUGUUUUUAAAACCAACUUCUCAUUUUAUCAGGAAUAAAAAGACAGAUGGACACAUUUUUAUCUGCUGUCCUUUAUCAGACCACAGUUAAAGUAAAGUACAGGCCAAAAGUUUGGACACACCUUCUCAUUCAAUGUCUUUUCUAUAUUUAUUUAUAUGACCAUUUACACAAUAAACACCAAUAAACACAUGUGGAAUUUUGUACUUAUAAAAAAAGUGUGAAAUAACUGAAAACAUGUGUUAUAUUCUAGUUUCUUUAAAAUAGCCACCCUUUGCUCUUAAUGACAGAAGUACUUAGUGACUGACUCUGUUAGUCAUGAAGUAACCCUGACAUGGCACACCUGUGAAGUAAAAACCAUUUCAGGUGACUACCUCAUGAAGCUCAUUGAGAGAACAGCAAAAGUUUGCAGCGCUCUCAAAAAAGCAAAGGGUGGCUACUUUGAGAAAUAUAAAAUAUAAAACAUGUUUUCAGUUAUUUCACACCUUUUUCUUAAGCACAUGAAUCCACGUGCUCAUUCAUAGUUUUGAUGCCUUCACUGAGAAUCUACAAUUAAAAUAGUAAUAAGAAUAAAGAAGAUGCAUUGAAUGAGAAGGUGUGUCCAAACUUUGGGCCUGUACUGUAUAUUACUGUAAGAACAUUACUACAGGAUAUUUCUGUGUUAACGUAAAACUGAGCAAAUACUAUGUGGAGCAAACUUUCAAUUAGGCUCCAUUGGUGAUCACAUAGUACUCUGCUCAGCUGAAGCAAAACCCCUGAAGAUGUAGUCCCUGUCUAACACAUCCAUCCAUCAAUAGUGUUUUUGUGUGUCCUUUGUCCCGUAGACUACCCAUGGCGUUGGAAAACUCUGGUGCUGAUGGACUCCGCCCUCAUUAAAUGGAUCUAUCUGCCUGACUUCUACACUGUGCCUAACUCCAGAAACCUCAUAGGUCUGUCUUUGUUUUUAUCUCUGUGUUUUCACAAAGUCAGCUACACUUGUGAAUUUAUUCAUAUUCACAAAACUACUUUUGAGUGGAACAUAUCAGCCUCAAUAAGUUUAUUUUACACACACCUUAUGGCACUAUACAUACAAAGAGUACACUCUAUUUAUAUAGUUCAUUUUAGGAACAGGUGUCACAAAGUGCUCCACAACAACAAAUUAAAAGACUAAAACAUCAGGAUAUAAACAAAUACAUGUCAAAAAAGUCACAAAUGGGUCUACAGCUGCUUUUUGAAAACAUCCAGUGUUCACAGUUCUCAGGUCCAGAUGGAGAUGGAUCCAAAGUUUAGCAGCAACCACGUCAAACAUAGAAGCUCAGAACAGGGUUUAAUUUGAGUAUGUUGAGAGUUAAGACAAAAUUAAUAAAAAAAUAAAUCUUGGGUAGAUCCAAAACUCACUGAAAGGAUUUAACAUCAGGAUCCUCCAGGAGGAGGUGGAUGGUAUACCUUGGGAAAGAUGAGGUCUGGGUUGACUUGCUUUGGCUGCUGCUUCUGUGUCCUGACCCUGAAUACGUAAACAGAUGGAUGGAUGGAUGGUAAAUGGAUGGAUGGGGUUUGUUAAGGACAGAACACCAGGGAAUGCAGCAGGAAACAAAGAAAAGUUUUAGGAUGAGUUGUUAAAAAAAGAUAGACCAAAGACAGAAGAAAAGAAUGAAGACAGAGCUGUCUAGUUUGAGUUAGAGAGGUGAGUGGUGAGUAUUGAAGCAGAUGUCUUGAUAUCAUCCAGCCAAUCAGUGACAGUAUUAAACUUCAACAUUAUAAUACAUCCUCAACACCACUGAGAACUCUGAAGUAGAAGUCAAUGUACAGACCGAUGCUGAUUAUUAUUGAUAUAUUUUUCUUUAAUUCCCAUCUGUAGCGGACUUUGUGCUGCUGAUGUGUGCUUCUCAGCAGUGGAAGGUGUUUGACUGUGAGCACACAGAGGAGUGGAUGGUUCUGGCAGGAGAAAACACUGAUGACCCUGAACCAAUGGAGGGUCGACUGUUUAACCCUGCUCCUAAUUUUAUCAACUGCAGGUAAAUAGAGGUGGUUCCCCUCACAUGACUGGUCAGUCUUUGUGUCAGAGUUUCCCAUUGUCCCAAGAAAAGGUCAGUUUCUCACUUAAACCUUAUCUUUAAGAUUUUUGGACUUGUUCUAUCUCUUCCUCCCACAGGAGCUACCUGGACAUGGCCAAAGUCCUGGUGUUUCGUCACCUCUUCUGGUUGGUGCUAUCAGUGGUCUUUAUUACUGGGGCCACCAGGAUCUCUGUGUUUGGACUCGGCUACCUCCUCUCCUGCUUCUUUUUUCUUCUGUUUGGGACCCGGUUGUUUGUUAAACCAUCCAGAACCCGCCUGGUCCUGUGGGACUGUCUCAUCAUCUAUAAUGUGGGAGUCAUUAUAUCUAAAAACUUGUUAUCAGUAAGUAUGACGCUCAUUAGCUGAUGCUACUUUGGACCUUCGAAAUACAUUGCAAAAGCAGCAGCUGGCAGCGAGGGUAUCUACUGUUUGGUUAAUAAACCGGUGGUGCAGGUGUGUGAACUGUAAGGUAAGGCCCACAAAUCAAGAAAACUACUUGUGCUCAUGAGUGGGCCUUCAUAACAGCACUACCUCGGGAUUUUUGGGAACCUGAACACACCAGUGGCUCACAUGUGGAUAUAUUCUACAUAGUCCAACAAGAGUUCCCUCACUGAACAAAGCUGUUCUUGCACCAAAGUUGUAAUAGAAAAUGUUGAGUGCCCUUUAAGUGCCUGUGCAGCUGGUGACCAUAGAGAGUAAUCUGUCUGCCUUUGUCCCAACAACAACCUUCAAAGAGGAGCCUAAGAGGAGCAUCACGAACAGCUUUCUUCCUUGCCAAAACUUUUAUGAGUUUUAUAAUGCAGUCUGUGGCUGAUGCUCACAUGUCUGCUGCCAAGAGGAAAUAGAUAAAAGAGUGAGUCCGAGCACAUCUGGGCAUUAAAAACCUGUGCCCAUGCCUGGGCUAUGUAGUGCUGUGUUGUAAAGAAAUAUCAGGGUCACCUGCCCUGUGGGGUCAGUCAUUUGGAACAUGUAACUAGGUGGAGAGACACUGUUGAUCCAGUUGAGAAUGGGGAUUAUUAUAGUCAGAUCAAACAUGUAGUGAUGAUGGAAGACAAACCAUUAGCCUUCAGUUUGCUCCAGAUGUUUUUCCUGUUGGUUUUAGUCUAGAGUGUAUCUAUGUAUUUCUGUAAAAUCAUUCCCUUUGCUCUGGGUUUUUAGGAUAAGAUGAUCUGUUGACAGCAGACCUGCUCACACCUGUGAGCUCACUCUGUUUUUUUUUCAUAUAAAUGUACACACAGCAACUCUGAUCGGUUUAUCAGGUUGACAGUCAACUCUGUAUGUAGAGUUAGUUCCUCUGCCAAGGGUAGGUAAAGGUAAUAUUGUGUGACUUUGAGGUUGGUCAAAGUUACUGUGGUGUCAUCUGUGGUGCCUUUAACAUUUUGUACGAUUUUGUACUUUUCUUGUGUAACUCUGUGCUGGAGUAGUUUAGCCACCUUGAAACUGAUGAUGACUUAGAAAGUAAGUCUUUACUCUCCAGGGUGAUAGAGAGCUGUCUUUAUGUGAUGGAAAAAUGUUAUUCACUGACCUGACCUGACCUGACAUCCUUUGUGUGUGUGUGUCUAUGUGUUUGUGUGUCUGUGUUUGUGUUUCAGAUCCUUGCUUGUGUGUUCGUGCGUCAGAUGCAGCAAGGCUUUUGUUGGGUGAUCCAGCUUUUCAGUCUGGUUUGCACAGUCAAAGGCUACUAUGACCGUAAGUUACGCUGAUACCAGAUUGUAAUGAUAAACAUAUGACAGUAAUUAACUUAAAUUAAGAGUUUGGUGUUUUUUUACAGUACAUCUCUGUAUGUUGGUUCAAGAGCAGGUGUCUGGUCAGGCAUUCAAGUCUUGUUUUUAAAUACACAGCUGCAUGUAGAUGCUUUUUAAUGUAAGAGACACACCUGACUAACAUAACCAUAAGUGUGUAACUGUGUGUGUGUGUGUGUGUGUGUGUGUGUGUGUGUGUGUGUGUGUGUGUGUGUGUGUGUGUGUGUGUGUGUGUGUGUGUGCGUGCAUGCCUGCGUUUGUGUGUGUGUGGGCGCAUGUGCUUUUUCCCCCCUGGACAGCAAAAGCAGUGACUGACAAGACCUGCAGCCUCCCAGUAGAAGAGGCUGGCAUUAUCUGGGACAGCAUCUGUUUUCUCUGCCUUUUGCUGCAGAGGAGGGUCUUUCUUAGUUUCUACUUUCUGCAUGUGGUGGCAGAGAUACAGGCUACUGCUAAACAGGCCUCAAGGUACAGCACCAUGCAAACAUAGAUCACUGUCUGAAUCAAAGAGCUGAUGCUGAACACAAGACUGUAAAAGUACACAGAAAUGAAAAUCCCAACUCUGCAGUUAUGUUGAUAAAGCCAUCAAACUUUUCAUUUAAAAAUAUCUGACUUUAUUGAACUUUUUUCAAGUGUUCCAUGUCUCCUAUUAAUGUAACCUCAUGUGCUGUGUACAGAGACCCCCACUGAAGCGCUUUAUGGCUGUACUGUCAGAUGAGAUGUUCAAUAGAAAUGGGAAAUAUUGAAAGUCUGGCUGUAACAUUUUAGAAAGUAUUGGUUCUUUUGAUAGAUUUGGUACUAAACCCCAAAAUGGAGCUGAUUCCAAAAAAAUAAUCUGACACCGUUCAUUGAUUGGCCCAAAUGCAGCUGCUGUGAAAAAUGCCUCUCUGGUUGGCAGUGACUUUCUAACUAAUGCAUUGACAGCGUUUUUUUCUUUCUUCCAGGGGUUUUGAGCUUUUUAAAGCCAGCAUUGUAAGAAACAUUCAGUUCCACCAACAAGCUGAGAGAAAAUCAUUAUCACAGCUCAAGAGAUCGUAAGUAUAAUAAAUUUAUUUGAGAACCCCUAAACAACAGCUGAAUAGUCAAUUCAAACGUAUACUUGACCCCAUAUCUAUGUUGUUCUUGUUGCAAAACAAAAUGCACUUAUAUAGUAUAAAGAGCAUGAUUUUAAAAAUAAAUUUGACAAAAAUUUCAACAGGGAGCUGAUGAACCUCUUAUAGUCCUGAUAUCCAGGGAAAAAUGUCAGUACUCCUGUUUUUAACUCUCCUCCUCUUUUUCUUGUUUCGUCUCCCCAGAAUGCAGAGAAUACGUUCAAAGCAGCAAAAGUACAGAGAUGGACACAAAACUAGUGAGGGAACCGAGAAAAGUCUGAGUACUGGUGGGUGGAAAAAAAACUAUCUUUGUUUCUCUCCAUUCAGUUCAGUUCAAUUCAAGUCAAAUGAGCUGGAGUAGCAUUAAAAGCUAAACAAUAUUAUAUUUCAUUACAUACUGAUAUAAAAUAAUAGAAACAAUUCAGCAAACACAUGUUAUUGAUACAAGGGAUGCAGUUGAGAGGUCACUGUAAUUAAAUCAAAUACAGUUAAAAACUAAACAGGUAAUGGAUAUGACACAGUGAAUCUGUAUGCAGUUAUAUCACAGCUCAAUAAUAACAGAGUGAGGAUCAGACUGCUCCUCUGGGAUUCUUGACACUGCACUCUAGGACUUGGGGCUCUAUUUUCGUGCUUUGCCAGAGACGUGAUGCAGGCACGGCGUAAGUCAGGUCCGCCACGCUGACAAGGCGUUCCCAAGCACAAUUUGGUAUUUUGGUGAGCGGCGCAGUCCCCCCUCCCUAACUCAGCUCCUCCCAGUGGUGUAAAUCAUAGCGAGGGAGGAGAGAGGGCGUGGAGUGGGUUUAACACAGCUGAGACCUGUAUUGACCAAUAACAUCAGCUCCUCUCCUUGCCUUUUUUCUCCUUGACUAUUUUCGCAAAGUAGUCAAAGUGAUCAAGAGAUGUCUGAAGACAGUAAUGCCACACGAUGGCGACAGAAGGCAGCCCCUAAACAAGUGUCACUGUAAUUGCUGCAGAGGGAGUCCUUCACACUGUCUCAUUUGAGCACAGAUGGAUUUGGUGUGUGUAAUGUUGGACACACUAGUAAUACAAACACCUGUUCCACAAAUGAAGACACUCACAUAAAGUUGCACAUAUUCAAACCUCACGUGACAAAGGUGGGUUGUGCGCAGAGAUUACAUCAUUAAUUCCAAAAAUGGCAUUAAAAUCGGAACCAUCUUUGCGUAAAUGAUGCAUCAGGCUCAGUGGCCUGGCUCUUUCUUUCAUAGAUGUUGGCAUAUAAAAUAAAUUUGGCUCACAAAACUGAAUAUUAUAAUAUUCGUAUGUAGGCUUAAAGUAAAAAACUCAUCUGAUCACUGAAACAAAUCAUCAGUUCAGAUGCUGCAGCAGCAGCACAGGGAGAGGACACGGAGACAUGUCGAGGUUGAGCUGCUUGAAAAAUAAGAGGAAGAGGAAGAAAGAAAAGGAGGGAGACGAAUUACAUAUCUUGUUGACUUCGUCAUGUGCAUCUAUUUACUAGAUAUUUAAUUUAAUUUAAUGCGGUUUCAGCUGUGUUGAUUCGGUCAGGUUGUGUGUCCAAACGCGUGCCAAACGCACUCAUCAGAUCAGAUAUAGAUCAGAAUAUAUCUAUAUAGAUCUAAAUGUAUGUGCUGACUCAGAUUAUUAGUUGUUGUUGAUUAUUUAUUGCACUGAAAUGUGCCUGACACUGUGGAAACCUGCCGAUGAGGCAUCGGUGACGUAUGCCGAUAUGCCGCUGGUCUACCAAAAUACCACUAGACCAGCUGCGCUCUGCCUGCGCUGAAUGCUGACCAGGUUUGAAUCGGCGAGCUUUCAGCGCACUUUCCAUGCCACUGGUGAGCACGAAAAUGUCACUGCGCAAGCUGAUUCUGUUGACACCUCCCUCUGCCAUGCCACCACGCCCAGCUUGGCGGAACUCGGUGCGCCUCAGUCUACAAAAAUACCAAACUGGCUGUACGUCAGACGAAAAUACCACUGUGCGGGGUCCUCCACCCUCCGCCGCCUCACUGGCGGACACAAAAAUAAAGCCCUUGGACUUGGACUUGUGUUCAUCUCUGCUGCCUACAUCUUCACACUGUCUCCUUUAGUUUUUAUUUUACUAAAGCUCUUCUUACAUUUACAACAUAGAUUUCUUUUACUGAACAUUUUUUAACUCUUAGUUGGAAAGAACUCUCCAAAACCAGAUGAGAUAAGAAAGAGCCUGGACACAUUGCUUUUUAUUAAUUGUAGAGAAGGAUAUUGUUUUGUUUUUUUAAACAUUGAAUUAUGAUUUAACCGUUAAAUCAUAAUUCAAUGUAAAACCUUCACUGUGGCUAUUUCUCUGAUCUAAAGCGUCUCUCUUCUCUUUUCAGACACCUACACAGACAAAAAGAAGUCCAAAAAGACAAAGUGGCAUCCGCCAUGGUUAGACCAUGCCACAGGUGAGACGAGGAAGUGCUGUGCGACAGAUGUACUGGUUUAAGUGGAAUAAUUUUUCUGACCCAGCGUCCUGUCUUCUGUAUGUGUUAAAACUGGACUGUGGUUUUUCUUGGACAGUGCUCUACUGCGGAGACUACUACCUGUUUGAGUCAGACAGUGAAGAUGAAGAUCUUCAGUCUGAGGAUCAGAAGCCUCAGAAACAGACCGCCUGUCAGGUCAGAAAGCUGAUUUAUAAAAUACAAACUUUAAAAUAUGAACUUUUGUACAACAGUUAGUUCUGACGAGACAGUCUGAUCAGACAAAAGGCAGUCCAUUUUACUUUUUACCAUGUUUACUGUUGACUUCAGCGGACCACUGCCUCAGAGAACCUGAGAUUAUUAAGUGGCAUCUUGCAGAACUGACUUGGUAGAACUGGACUAUAACACUUGUAAUAGUACGCCUGAAUUGGUGUAUUAUCACCUGAAUAUUUAAGUUAUUUGUUUUUGUUAAGUUAGAGUGAGUCUUUAGUGUCAGGAGCAGGUCCCCCCAUCAUGCCUCUACUGUAUCAAAGAACAGACAAACUAGUAAAGACAAAGACAAGAGAACACGAAGAAGAAGGGGAGGAGGAGAGAGGUUGUUGUAUUUAAUAAUUUCUGUAGUAGUCUGUGAUGGUAAAAACUUGACAAUGAAGGAACAGACUUAUCAUGCACCACAGGAACCAUGCAUAUGAGAUGUGCAGCUGAGUGAAGAGCUGGGCUUAGUAGAAUAGACAGCUGACUUUGUGCUGAUGAAUCUUUGUUUUUCUCAUAGCUGGCAUACCAAGCAUGGGUGACCAGUGUGAAAUCAGCUCUAAGAGAACGGCAGAAGCACCAGAGACUGCUGAGAGGAGCUGAGAAGAAGGAGAAAGAGACAGGAGGAGUGAACUCGCAGCAGGAUGCUUUCUCUGUCAUGGGUAUGGUGUUUAACCAUCUUUCUUACAUCAGCUGCAUCAGAACAGACAAAAGAGACGCAAACAAGCCACACUAGCAACCAAUAGUCAGUCAGUCUCUGCAUCCUUCAAAGACCUAAUUAACUUCAUCUUCACUCAUGUGAAUGGACUGAAGGACUGUGAUUUCUUCAGUCAUCUGACCAUCCAAAGCACUUCUCCUCAUCCUGGUGUUGCUUUCUCUGCCCCAUGUUCUGACCUUACUUUUUUUGCAUGAGAGGAUUGGCUGUGAGAGCUGGCACAGAAGAUGGUGGUUCUGGGGUGCCCAAACUAACUUUUGGCCUCCUUGAGGUGUUUUUGGCCUAAUUUAAUGAAAUUAAGGAAGAUGAAGGAGCAAACCCUUAAAUACCUUACCUUUGUGAAUCUACAGUCUACAAAAAAAAUGUUUGAAAAUACCUUUGCACUGAAUUCACAGAUGACAUCUUCUGCAUUUUAAAAACCUUUAACCUGUCAGUAUCAACACUCUGUAGUUGUUUGAUAUAAGUCCUUAUGAAUCAAAAAGACAGUGUGAAUUAGCCAACAAAUCACCUCUAUCUGUGGAUAGUUAUCUCUCUUAUCUGUCUGCCUCUCUGUCCUCCACUGCCUUUGAUGAAUGUUUUUUAUGAUUAAUGUUAAUUGAUUUCAAACAGUAGUUACCCGUAAUUACACGUGUUUCUAAAUGAUGAGUGGGAGGAGCAGAGUCAGCAGAAAAUGUAAUUAUUUGACCUGAACCAAAGUAACAUCCCUUAUUAUCCCACUCAGGAACUGCUACCAACCAAGGGUACAAACAGGUCAGCAGUAAGCGUUGAUCCUAAGAUGAUUUCAUUGAUUUGAAAAGAGUUCACUGCUGCAGCCAUAAAGCAGUCCCCAGGUUUGAUAGUUAGUUGCACCUCCAUAACAAGAAUUAUUUGUAUCAGCUCUUUUGGGGUUGAAAUAACACCAAACAUAAAAUUUUUAUUUGCUUUAGAUGUUAAUAUCAUUGCAUUAAACAUGUAACACAUUAGAAUUCAGGUUUUUCUUAAUAAUAACACUGUUUUUAUUGGCAGACUGUACAAAAUGCUGAAAAAAUAAGAGGUACACCCACACACAAUACGCAGUUUCUGUUGGUGUUUUCCUCUUAGUCGUCCUGUAAUACACUCAAAGCCGAAGACGAGUUGUAGCAUGUGUAGAUGCUUGACUUUCACUCUGCUCUCUGUGUGCUUUAACUGACUUCCAGUUUCUUCCCUUUUCACCGCUGGUGAGUGGUCAGCCAUUAACCCCCAAUCUAAAGUUUGGUGCUCUCCAAAUGAGCUGAGAGUUACAUUAAAAAUAUCCUUCAGGUUGUUUACUGACACUGUAGGAAUAUAGCAUUUUAUCUUGCUGUUAAUUAGAAGACUUGACAGGAUAUUUGACCAAGUAUUAAGUGUGUGAUCUGGCACUGAUGCCAAUAACCACAGUCAAUGGGGUUUUCAGAUCUCUCAUGGUGAGUUAAUGCUGGUGCCUCACAUGAUAAUACUUUGUUAGCCAUAACUGAGAGACAGAUCAUUUUUAUGAUUUCACUGAAACAACAACAACAACAACAACAGUCAGGUAAAAAUGUCACUAAUUUGUAAAAAGCUCUGUCUUUAAGUGUUUAUUCUGAAGCCUUUUAAAUACCUGCUCUCACUGAAGGAAACCUUACUCAGGAUUAAGACUAAAGAUAGAUAGAAGAUAAAUACAAAGCAGUUUAAAUUUAAUCAUCACGAUUUUCUGCCCCCUCUAAAAGUUUGGCAGAAGAUGGGAGAGAGCUCUUCUGUUUGUUGUCUCCCAAAUUAAGGAGCUGUGAAAUAAAAAUACAUGAAGAGAGUACAGCCUGCCACAUGAGUAGAAUUUCAAAAGCAUCUUCAUCAAAUAAAUAGUGGAGCACAUUGCUUUAAUGACGUAAAUGCUGCAUCCUCAAUUACUUGACAGUUAGUUCAUCCUCAGCCAAACUUACGGGCUCAUGAGCCAAUAUUUGUUAGAUUAUAUUUUACUGUACAAUUACACAAUUGAUAGUAAGUCAUACAUUACUCACACUGUUAAUCUAAGUGUUGUCUUGAUUAAUUGAUGUGCUCAUGAUCUGAUUGCAUCUGUGCGCCCCUGUAGGGUGUGGUGACAAUGAUGUGUUUGAGGACCUUACUGUUCAGGAGGAGGAGGAGGAGGAGGAGGAUCAAGACUCUGGUGAGUUCAUCAAAAAUUACCGUCACAUGUGGUUUUCUUUGUAUUUGUGAUGAUGAGUGUUGGUUAUCUGUGUAAACAAUGUUAUGUUUACACUUGCAAGUAAGAGUUAAAUGGAAAAGAAAAAUACAUCAGGUCUUAACUCUGAGCAGAACUGCUUAGAUUUUCUCAAGACAAAUGUAGAUAAAAACAGGUGUUCAUAGUUUGCAUAUCACUUCAACCCUGUAUUUAUUGGAAAUUUAGUGCACUGUUUAGACAGACAAUGGUAUUAGGGUGAUUUCCACUACAGAGUAGUGUCUACUUUUGAUGCAGAGCUGCUUUGGGGUCAUGGCUAUCUGGUGUUUAUUUUUAGCCUUUUCCUUUUAUGUACAGAUAUUUCUCCAGAUUAUUUAAAUCUUUAAAUGGUAUUUUGUUCUCUUCUUUUCUCUGAGGAAGUAUUUGCUCACGUUGUCUCUCUCAGAGCAGUGAAUCUAUUCCCACCUUUGCUCCUGAGGGACUAGCCUCUUAAAUCCCCUUUUUAAAGUUUCAAAAUAAAACAGAAAAUACAAGACAAAAACAUGAAGUAAAUGAUAACAGGAAACGUAUUAGUCCACAGCAGAAGAGAAAAAAAUAACAACUCUGGGACUUCUUUGAAUAGGCAGAAAGUCCUGAAGAGAAUAUUUCAGCACAGGCCCUGUUCUAGCCCUUUACUGUAAUGUCUUUCCGCUCUGGUCUUUUUCUCUGUCUGUGUUUUGCAGGUCAUGGGGAGAUGGUUCAGAGGAUUUUAGAUAUUUUGUGCUUUAUUUGGGCCAUUAUUCUGGCCAUGGUGGACGGACUGACUCAGUGGCUCAAUCUGUUGACAAAACAGUACAGAGAUAUAUCAACUGUUUUGUGCAAUGAGCGCUACUUCAUCAUUCAUAAGAUACAGCAGGUAAACCAGACAAGAGAAUAAGGACACAGAUCUUUAAAAAGGGUUGUCAGUGGAGAUGCUUCUGUUGUCAUUUUGGUUUCAUAUGUCAUCUUAGACGUUGUAAUUGUAUUUAAUUAAAAUCUUAUUAAUUUUGAAUUUGAUCUAUCUUACAUUUGUGCAAAUGAAUGACUGAGUCAUCAAAUCAAUCUUCAUACUUGUAUGUGUCUCUCCCUGACUGGAAGAAUCGUACAUCAGCGUACCCCACAGAUGAUCAGGUAUCUCAGGGAAGUGAGAGCUCCACUCUGGAGACCUGCCUGGAUGACACUGAUGCAGAAAACUCAACCAAGUACAGGUCAGUCUAGAUGACCAUGUCACUCUUUUUCCAAACAAAGUAAGAACAGGCACCACACAAAGGGGGAUGGGUGAGACCUGGACUGUUAUCAAACAUAAACAUUAUUCAGUCCCUGUACCCUGUGUUUUGGUCUUGCAUUUAUCACAGCAAACAAACACAUCUUGAUAUACACUAUAUAUAGGCAUCUCCCUGUAUGUUGAAAGAAACAAAAAAGCAUACAAUGAACAAAAAUAACAAUAAUGAAGUUCGGACCUGGAUCAUAUUGCAUUUCACUGGCUGUUUGCUAGUAACUAACAAAUCAGAAAUAAAAUUGUUUAAUAUUGGGGAUACAGUAUGAAAAACAAGACUCACUUUUCUCUGAUGGUGGUUCUGAUGUGUUUCUGUUUUACCUGUGCGCUUUUGACCCCUUUUGCAGCUGCACAGAGGUGGACAGCAGGGGUUUGAUGGAUCAGUCUGACUCUGGGCUGAGACACUACAGCACCUUGCUCUCAAGUCCAGAGCCCCCAUCUAGCAGCACAGAGCUGUUAGCCCUGCCAGCUAAACAACACAGACACUCAAGGACUGCCAGUGAACUUCUUGGAGACAGGUAGAUACUGGAUGACUUUAGUUUUGUCCUAUUGUUCUAUCAUUGAAACACUGCUGAUGCAUACCUAUGUGAGUAUAAGUUUUUAUUAUUAAUAAAUUGACUGUUUUCUCCUUGUUCAGGGAGUUCUACAUUGAGGAGCUGGAGCAGAGCAGAGACUUCUACAGCAGCCAGAACCGUCUGCUGAAGCUGCUGUUUUCCAUGUACAACCUGCUGGCAGCCAACUCAGAACUUGUCUGUUAUUUUAUCAUUGUUUUAAACAAUGGGGUCAGCGCUUCUGUGAUAUCCCUGGUCCUACCCAUACUUGUGUUCCUGUGGGCCAUGUUGGCUGUUCCAAGACCUACAAAGAGAUUUUGGAUGACUGCUAUUGUGUACACAGAGGUAUGAACGCUAAGACACAAAGGGACAACUGCUCAUUAUUUCAGGUAGAUGGAGGUUGUUUGUAUUGUCUUACUGCAUGAGUAAAACUGUGUAUUUCACCAAAUUCAAAUGGUUACAGAUCAGAGCAAUGGCCCAGCUUGUGAAUUACUGCCUCCACCGUCUUCUUCUCUGGUCUGACUGCUCUUUCUCUGUCCAGGUGAUGGUGGUUGUGAAAUACCUUUUCCAGUUUGGAUUCUUCCCCUGGAACAGCAUGUACGAGAUGAACCUCAACGAAGGCAAACCCUUCUUUCCGCCUCGUAUCCUCGGCUUGGAGAAGACUGACAACUACAUCAAAUAUGACCUCCUUCAGCUGCUGGUUCUGUUCUUCCACAGAUCACUUCUCAUGGUCAGUUAGGUUCAACUGCCAUCCCAGUACUGUGACAGUAGCUGUGUUUCCAUUACAUUUUUUCGCAAAAUAAAAGCGAUGUUUAUCAAAUUUCUACAAAGUACAAUUGCGAUUUGCGGGUGUUUCCAUUGAAUGGUGUUCAGUGCAUAAGCGAGCCGUCUGCCUCUCGGGAGCCGUGUUUGAAUGGCCGUUGCCUAGCAAUGAGAUAAACUUCCUGCCCGUGUGACCUCGUAUUCCUUAAGCCUUUUUGCACACUAACAUGGAAGAUAUACUUCUAUAUCGACACAUCUGAAAAACCACCUUAUGAGAGCGUAAAAACUUUUUAGCGAUAUUUGAGAGGUUUUGCGAAAUUUAGGUGUUUCCAUAACCAGUUUUCUAUUGCGAUAUCUAGGUUUUGGGCAAAUCUAUGGGUAAUGGAAACCCAACUAGUAUGCAGACACACAAAGAUGGUAGUGCAGGGUGAAGGUGCAGAAAUGGCUGCUUCGACCAUUCAAAAUAUGAAAUGACUUAAAUUUAUAGGUUCAUACAGACUGAACAGAAGGAUGACAUUAUUUGAGAAAAACAUCUUUAACUGACUGUAGAGUGAUAUCAACAGGAGAAAACUGACUGUAUGAGACGUUAAAACUAAGCUUAAGGGAAAGUAGGCACAUUAUAGGCUGCAAAAAAAAUUAUUAUAAGAUUAUACAUAGAUUUGACAAUUAGAUAGAAUUUAGAUUAUAAAAAGAUUUAUUUUCUAAUCGGGGUGUGUGUGUGUGUGUGUGUGUGUGUGUGUGUGUGUGUGUGUGUGUGUGUGUGUGUGUGUGUGUGUGUGUGGACACAGCGAUAUGGCCUGUGGGACCAUGAGGGCCCCCUAUCAGAGCAAAGUCCUCCACCUGAAAGUUGUAAUGAAGAAGAAAAGACCAGACAAGUUAAUGAAAGUCAGAAGGAGGAAGGUGACCAGCUUGAAAAGGUUGGAGAAUUACUUGAUAUUAAUGUCUUUGUGUUACUCCCCCAUCAGCAGCAGAAUGAUGGAAGUUCUGACCACAGAAAAAAACAUCCUUUAGUUAUAGCAUUUUUUUUUCUAUCUACUGAUGUUGUUUUAAAACCCUUUUAGGAUACUGUAGAUCAUGUUGAAUCGAGUACCAGUUCUCCUGACACCACCCUACAACCUCCUUCAGUUGAACCAGUAUCCCUUGGGUCAGAAGAUGGAAAGGGAACUUCGUCUGAGCCGAUAGACAUACAGAUAGCUGUUCCCUGCAGGUCUGUGGAGAUGGAGGAAGGCAAAGAGGCUCCGGAAGAAGACCUGAAGAAAAGGAGUAGUACACGUUUACGCAAGAAAACAAAACAACCUAAGACCCAGCACAGCAAAGGUUUGUGGCUAUCUAAGUAUCUUAGCUGAAGUGGUUGAGUUGAGUUGUGACUCACUAGAAAACUCUGGCUUCUUUUCAUGAAGAUGUCCCACAUCCUCAAACCUGGUACACUCAAUGUUGUUCUGGGACUAGUGUUGCAAAAAGCAUUUAUCAGUAAGCCUUAAUGAGACACUGCCAUUUUAAAAACAGGAACCAAUGAACCAGUGAGAUGCCCUCAUAGAAAUAAGUUUGACCACCAGGACACAUGUAAACAUGAACACUCAAACAGAAAUAUAAUCUUUUUCUGCAGAAACAGUGACUUUGAAACAUGAAUACAUAUGCCUAAUUACAUAAUCGUCAAUACUCAGGUCACACAAAUGACAUUAUUACAACUUCUGACACCUUUGGAAUCAAAAUUAAUAAAACACGAGGCCCACACAUGGACAGAUCGCCUGGUUUACCAGUACACUACAGAGUGAUACCCUCCCCAAUUUAUGUGAUACUGUCACAACCCAUCUGAUCCUCUUAAGGCUAAGUUUGUUCACAGUCUUGAGCCUCAAACAAAGUAGAACCAUCACUGGAAAAACCCCUCAAUGGAGAUCCCCAGGUGUCCUGCCAAGUUUAUCUUGGUACCAAGUGUAGGAGUCUCUGAGGAGAUCAAUAAAUCCAUUACUGCUUCACCAAACUAUACCCUAACCAGUCCCCACUAAAUAAUGGAAGCCACAGCUUUGCCUCCAUGCACCAACAGCUGCUUUAUAAACGCAGGGUGAUUGUUGAUGGGGGUUGGAGGGGGUUUGACUGGAGGGCUCACUGGGUUGGUAGAAAGUGGUGUAAGAAGUGACAGGGGAAAGAUGGGUGAACAGAGGCCAUGAAGGGAGACAUACCUGUGGAGAAACAAACCAGGGAGUUGUGAGCAUAUUCAGUCCAGGGCGGGUUGGUGGACCUGACAAGAGGUAACACAAUAAAGAGACACUUCAGGAUCCUGAUGUGCCUGCGCCGACUGGCCAUCAGUUUGCGGGCUCUUUCAUAAAAUGUACCAGGGAUUUAAUUUGAGGUUUAUGAUACUGUUUGGAGAUCCUCCCAUCUCUUAUUUUCAUUAUAACAUAAUGGAUUAUGACAAGGUCUUUAAAUGAAAAUAUUUAUUCAUUUUCAAACCAGUAAUGGUGGUGGUGUCAUCUGUUCCAGGAAAGUCCACAGCAGAGGAAGAAGCUCUUAGUGAAGAGCCAGAGAAGAAGAAGCAAAAAAGCAAGAAGAGAGAAGCAGCUAGUCACAGAUUAUUGGCUAUGGGAAACAAGAUCAUACAUGUCACUACCUCUGGGUGAGUAAGUUAAAGUGUAUGAUCCUAAUGCCGAAGCUGCCCCUUCAAAAUCAGGAAAGUGUGGCAUUCAGUCAGUCAGUUUACACGACAUGAAAAGAAGACUUCUGAUCAAUCAACAUGCAGUGGUUUGAAGUCACCUGUCUGUUUACCUGUCCACAGUGCUCAGAGUGUGUACAAGCCGGUCCAGUGUUUCUUUAAGGGGAUCCUCCAGCCUGAGUAUCGGGCUGCCACUGAUGUCUAUGCUCUCAUGUUCUUGACGGAUGUCAUCGACUUUAUUAUCAUCGUUUUUGGCUUUGGGGCUUUUGGGGUGAGAUACACAUGGAGAUAGGGAGCUUGUCAAUUUUCAGUCUUUGUAUUUUAUAUCAUUUAUUCAUCCAUCAAUAAACACACACACUCAUUAACUUCAACAGAAACUUGUGUGGAGCUGUAAAAAAAGCACAUCAUAUAAAUAUUUUACUGUACUGAUGUCUGUAAUCCCUCCCUCAGAAACACAGCGCACCAGCUGAUAUCGCCUCCUCCCUGUCAGAGGACCAGGUUCCUGAGGCCUUCCUGGUGAUGCUGCUGAUCCAGUUCAGCACAAUGAUCAUUGACAGAGCCCUGUAUCUGCGCAAGGCUGUCUUGGGAAAACUUAUCUUUCAGGUUUGGCUCAAAAUUUCAUGUUAAUAUGUUGCUGUGCACCCUUUGUGAGAGAUUAUUGACUUUUUAUAUCUUCACACACCAUCUCACUCUGCUCCCUGUCUGUCCUGUCCUUCAGGUCACUCUGGUGUUUGGGAUCCACCUCUGGAUGUUCUUCAUCCUCCCUGCUGUCACUGAGAGGUGAAGAAAAACUAGAUCAACUGUUAUUUCUAAUAGAAAAGGAAGAAUGUGAUUUAUUAGAGACUUUUGAUUUAGGCUUUGGCAGUACACCAGAGUCAAAAAUUAGUGUUACUGUAUUUUGAUCCCUUCUGCAUGUUUAAUGUGGAUAAUCCUGCAAAUGGUAUCUAAAAAGCUUUACGGUUUUUCUUAGUCGCCUUGGUGUGUUUCUCACAUCACUAUUAACAUUUGCACAACAGUCAGUGCAUUCCUCAGAACGAUUAGUACAAACUACAAAAACUAGUGGAUAAUCUGCAGAAGCGCAUCACUUGCUCAAAAUGAAUAGUUGAUUCCUCAAAAGCAAGUCUUCAUGUCAGUGAAACUGUCUGUGUCUUCAAAAUAAUUAGUCCCAACAUCAUUGUUUAUGAACAUGACAGUCAAAUGGCUGUCAUGUUUUUAUGAUGACACUUUACUCUCUCUGUGUUUUCCAAGACUAAUCUUGGUGACACUGCAUGAAAAUGCUCAAGAAAGCACUAUACACUACAUGUACAGCCAUUUGAAAACUACAGUAAAGUUACACAUUAUUGUAUUUGGUGAGGUAACUGAGUACAAGAUACAUGUAUGUUUCACAUAUUUACUGCAUGCUCUUUGCAAUUCUACAGCAUUGUGCAAAAAAAAGAAAAAUGGAAUUCACAGUCACUUAUUUAGAAUAAACAAGAAAUACAAUAUUUUGGUAGAACUGUGCACAAAUGUAAACAAUAUAACAGUACAUAUUACUGUUAACUGAACAUAAAUUAUUCCUGGACAUUCACAGUGGUUCUCGCUACAUUUGGUUGCACCCGACCAGCCAAAGUGAGGCCAUGAUUCACAACAUGGUCCACAAGUAUAGCCCUAAUUUCAUCAGGGAUUUGCCUAUGUACUUCACCUCUUCUUCCUCUGCCCCUGUUUUGUCCCCUUCCUCCCUGCAUUCUCACCCCUCCUCCACGACACUGACCUUCCAUUUUUGUAUCACAGAAUUGUAGAAAUGAUACACACUAUGUACUGCUGGUUUACAUAUGCUUGCCAAGUGAGGGUUCAUGGGAUUCAGCUCUGAGUGACUGUGGACAAGUGGCUUGUCACUGAUUACAACUAAUGCUUCACACACCUCCUCAUGAGCAAAAGCUGAGGUUCACCUCAGAGCAAUUGUUCAAUUUAGGAGACAUUUUCAGGAAAAAAAAAAUGAAGAAAUUUAUUAAAUUGUCUUAACAGAUUUUGAGAACUAGUUCAACAAUUGUGUAUGUAAUGAUUUAAGCAAUUAAAUGAGGACUAUUAGUUCCCUUUCAGUCGAUUUACACGGUACAACAUAUAUAGUAUGGGAUAUCACGCCCUCGCGUGGCCUGACUGAAGACACCUUUAUUCACGCCUUGAAGGCAGAUGAUCUGUAGUGACGACUGGGAGGCUCCGCCUGCACAUAUAAACGUGUAACACCACAGUCAUCCUUAAGUUCUUAUGCUCUUCACGUCGCUGAGAACACCUCCACCGAGUCGGGCCAACUAGCUGCUGCUAGCUCAGCCUGUUCUUGUCUGUGGCUACUGCCUGAUCGAUUUUAGCCUAACUGCCCCUGUUGGUGUUAGCCUGCGGCUUCCCACGGAGCACUAAUUUCGUUCAGCUUCUGCCUCUAUAAAUGAGUGCUGAGCCUAAGAAAGUGAAGGCGAAGUCUUCUGUUCGCCCCUGUCCUCAAGGGUGCGGCUUCUCCCUUCACGAAAAAGAUCUCCAUGAGGCUUGUCCUGUUUGCCUUGUCCUGUUCUGCCCGCGGCAGGAGGGUGUUGACUGAGCCCGAGUCCCGGAUUUUGUCGCAGAACUAACCUCUAACAAGCCUAAGAACUAAGCUGUCUACCCGCGCUGCAGUGCCCGAUUGUGGACAGUUUGUGGAUCUGGAUGGAGCUGAAGAAGCUGGUUUGGUGAACCCUCCGUCCCUGGCAGCCUAUCUGGCCCCGGCCCAGAAUCAUGGUGUUGGUGGCCCCAUCACGCUCCCGUCCAAGCACUGCAGGUUUUCAGCGUCACAGCUGGACAAGAUUUACAGGACACAGGCAAAUACAGCUCAUGCACUGAGCUCCGUCACUAUGCUUCAGACAUAUCAGGCUAUGUGUCUGGCGGAACUUGGCUCGCAAUUGCCUCCUGAUGCCUGGUUCACACAGGAAGCGCCGUGCACGGAAGCCUAUCCUAUGUGCGCUCAGCGCUCUCUCUAGGUAGAGGCAUGGCUCCCACGGUGGUGGCGCUGAGGCACCUGUGGCUGACUCUCUCCAAUGUUAUGGAGAGGGACAGAGCAGUUUAUCUUGAUGAGCCUGUGUCGACAGCCGUUUGUUUGGGCAGUCCCUCGACACCAUUCAGGCUCAGUUUGAGCUGAGGAAGAAACAAACCGAAGCUUUAAGCAGCAUCGUCUCCAGGUGUGAUGCGAGGACCAAACAGCUGGGUUAUCUGCACUAACCGGCACCAGCGCCUCUUCCCAAGAGGACUGCGGUGCCCGCUAGUUCGGGGCCCCAGCCGGUGAAGCAGCAUGUACCCGGUCAGAACCUUGGCUUGGAACAGGGAUCAGCCACCGGGUCUCCAGAGGGGCUCAGCACCCAGGAAAAAGACACAGCAGUCAUCCUAGCUUCAGGCCCAGCAGCACGGAGACACUGCAGCCCUUCAGUUUUUGCUGCCAAAAGGCGGCAUUUACAGUUUGUUCAGAGGUCCGGUCCCGAGAGGCGCUGCACUUCCCUGACACUGUCUCCCGAGCACAACCCUUCCUCACACGCACAUGCCCCAAUAAUGGCACCUGAUGUUCACUGUGUGAAUGUUACAAAUGUGCGUUCGUCGAGCCAAAUAAAGGUUUCGUUAUGUACUCAAAACAUUAUAAAUCAAUCAAGUCUGGGCGGGAAAGUGUUGCUGUUCCAAGCCGGCACACCAGAGGGCAACAACCCUUCCCCCCACAAUGCUGGAGGUCAGUCGACUGACUGUUCAUCUCACAGGCUGUGUCUCAUUUCAGAGACCGCAUCGGGAUAAGCGCAGCACGAACUGUGUCCUGUUUGGCACAAAAUGCUAAGCGUGCUUCAAAUUCGGUCUCAAAACCACACUGCCCCCGCCCCUUUUUCAAGCGUGCAUUUAUGCACACUUUCGUGCCGUUGGUAUCCCAGAAUUCUUUGCGUGCCGCUGCACAGCUGCGCAUUUCAGGUGAGAGGCUGGACUCGCUUGGAGACGCAGCGCGUCUUCAAAGAAAAUAAAAGAAAUCCAAAAACAGCAGACAGUCAGCUCAGGCUGUAUGAGCAUAUGAUCUCAGAAAUCAGGGGCUGCCUUUCCCUGAUGUCCGGGUAACAGUGGAAACACGGUCUCUGAUUAGCCCGGUUAUUUUCUGAUCGGGAAUACACGCUCCCUAUGGGCCAAAGUCCAGACUGCUGUGGGAAGGAACAUCAAGUGAUUCACGCAACAGGAUGGCCAAGCCAGGCUAGAUCCGCUCUGCUACAACAAUCAAAACCAUUAGAAAUAAGAAAGCUGACAAAACUACAGCAGAGGAUCAGGACAACAUUGAGUUUUUUUUUUUUUUUUUUUAAAGAUUUAGAGAUUAAAGUUGUAGAUUUAGGAGAAGUCAUGAAGCUGCUUUUGUGGAGGGGGAAAUGACUGAAGCUGGUCAUCUGCAGGGUUAUCUGUGGAUGUAUCAGCGGGUCAUUCAGAGAGUUUUUGUGGUUUCUGAAGAAACAGUCUGACUGAUGAUGAUCAACAUUUGUGAUCCAGAGGGAGUCGAGCUCAGACGAGCACCACGUCUCUGACACCGGCGGUAACCUACACCUGCAGAGACACCAACACCUUAUUAUGGCAUAUGGAUUCAUAUCAUAAACUAAAGCUCAAUGUCAUUCACGGAUAUUAACGGCUGCAUAAACGGAUAUAUCCUCAGCAUAUUCAUUUCUGCCUCCACAAAAGCAGCGAUUUCCUUCAAGUACACCUGUUUUUUUUCCCCGUGGAAAAGACGUAUUUCUCAUAUAUUCUUUUUUUAAGUCUUUAUACUUAUGACAAUGUGAUGCUGAUGUGCCAAAGGAUGAAGUAUCUCCUUGUUUGUGAAACCUAUACUGAAGCACAGUUCCUUCAAAUGCUUCAUGGCCCUAAUUUUAACAAGUCUCCUCUGAAAUAACAGGAAACUUUAAAACUUUAUUCUCAUAAAUUAAUGACUUUAUUCGCGUAAAUUCAUGACUUAAAUCUCGAAGUCUUGAAAAAAAUUCUCAAUAUGGCCUUCAUACUCCUUCAUACAAAACAAUCAUUGGAUGAUCUGUGCUUGUAUGUAUCUACUAUUUUGUGUCUGUGCAAGAUCGCACAGUUGAAACAAUAAAUGCUGCGCUCCGUGGGUUUUCUUUAAGUCAGUUGUGACGCGAGCCUGAGGGCGGGGACAUUUGGCGGCUCCACCAGGAGGUCCUCCGAAGGUCUCCAAAUGUCCCCGCCCUCUACCUUACGUCACGAUUGACUAGAAAAAAAGCUGCCAGGGGCAGCAUGUAUUGUUUUAAUUGUGCGACCUUGCACAGACACAAAAUAGUAGAUACAUACAAGCACAGAUCAUUCCCACAAAAUUCAUCCAAUUAGAAACAUUAGGGAGGGUGUCUUUUUGCAAGGUGGUGUCCACAGACGCAUCCCUGAGGGGUCAGGGGGCUCUGUGCGAGGGCGCAGCAGUGAGAGGGGUGUGGACACCAGCACAAUGCAAGCUCCACAUCAAUUAUCUGGAGCUAUUAGCUAUCCUAUUAGCUCUGAGGCAUUUUCGUCCUGUUCUGACAGGCCAUCAUUUUCUGAUCAGGACGGAAAACACAACCAUGGUUUCCUACAUAAACAGGCAGGGAGGGACUUGCUCUCUUCCCCUGUUAAAACUGUCUCACUCUCUGUUGCUAUAGUGCAGUGUUCAUUUUCUGUCUCUGAGAGCCACACAUAUUCCAGGUCACUUAAACCUUGGGCCAGAUCUUCUCUCCAUGGGGGUCCUCUUGUGAGAGAGUAGAGAUUGCAUGUCAGUACCGAAAUGUACUCCCAUUUCAGAGUUCUAUUGUGGAUGUUUUAACAUGUCUUCAGGAGCUGCUGGAUAGGGGUCUCUUUUUCUCAACGAUUAAGGUCUAUUUGGCAGCUCACCCUCUUGCUAUGCGCUUCCUAAAGGGAGUCCGCAGGCUGAGACCUGUGCUCAAACCCAGCGUUCCCUCUUGGGAUUUAGCGCUGGCACUUGAGGCUCUUGGUGGACCCCCAUUUGAGCCUGUUGAGUCAGCAGACAUGAAAUUUCUUUCAUACAAAACUGCACUGCUACUUGCUUUGGCGUCUGCAAAGCGAGUGGGCAACCUUCAUGCUUUGUCUGUGCACCCCUGUUGUACCCAGUUCACUCUGGAUGGAUCUAAGGUUACAUUGUGCCCAAAUGCGACGUAUUUGCCUAAGAUUAUCCCCACAGCCUAUAGCUGUAUGAGUUUUGAACUACUGAGCUUCUGCCGUCCUCCAUUUGCAUCUGAGGAGCAGAGGAGGUUGAAUUCCUUGUAUCCUGUGUGUGCACUACGCACUUACAUAGACCGUACUUAGAGUGUUUGUUUAUGUUACCAGUUGUUUGUCUGUUUUGCUAAUCCAGCCAAAGGCAAGGCACUGUCUAAACAGCGGCUUUCCCACUGGAUUGUGGAGGCUGUCUCCUUAGCAUACGGCAGCAGGGGUCUUCCGUUGCCCCAAGGUGUAAGGGCACAUUCAACCAGGGGAAUGGCGGCCUCAUGGGCCUUGUUUAAAGAGGUUUCUGUGAGUGAUAUCUGCACUGCAGCCAGUUGGUCAUCACCACACAUUUUUUGUUCGGUUUGAUCGCUUGGAUGUGACAGCCCCUUCAGUGGCUCGCUCUGUCCUUUCUGCUGGGUCUACAAUGCACAAAAGUUUUGGAGGUUUGACUUCGGUUCGGUGGCUACUCUGCGGGAUGUGUAUAUAUGUCCCAUACUAUAUGUGUUGUACCGAGUGAAUCGACUGAAAGGGAACGAAAUGUUAUGACACUGGGUUGCCCCACUGCGCAGCUAGGCUCGGUGAAGAGCGGCUAUCAAACUGAAAGAUGACUGUGGUGUUACAUGUAUUUAUGUUCAGGCGGAGCCUCCCAGACGUCACCACAGAUCAUCUGCCUUAAAGGCGUGAAUAAAGGUGUCUUCAGUCAGGCCACACGAGGGCGUGAUAUCCCAUACUACAUGUGUUGUACCUCGUUCCUCUCCUUCGGGGAACAGAAGUUAUAUUCAUAACAUUUCGUUUUAUAGGGAAUGACUAUUCAGCAUUCAAAAGUAUCGUUCAUUUUGACUGACAUGACAGAAGCAAAUGAUAAUGUUAUAAAACAGCAGAGAAUUGUUUGAAAGUAACUGAUACAUGUCCAAGAGCAUUUGCAAUUUGUUCAGAGGAAUGAGAAAUUGCUACGAUGAUGUGCAUAAAUGACUCAGUGUUGUGAAGGUUGAAUUAAUAGUUGUGAGAACUUUCAUUCUGAUCUGAGAAAUGCACCAAAGCAGCUGAGAAAAACUGUAAUCUCACCCUAUCUGCCUUCUUUUCCAGGAUGUUCAAUCAGAACCUUGUGGCUCAGCUCUGGUAUUUUGUCAAGUGCAUUUACUUCGGCCUGUCAGCCUAUCAGAUCCGCUGUGGAUACCCCACUCGUAUCCUUGGCAACUUCCUCACUAAGAAAUACAACCACCUUAACCUGUUUCUAUUCCAAGGGUAAGGAUGCAUCGCCAGUCUGUAGCUGUUUAGUAGAAUUAGAUAUGAAGGGUUUCAUGAAUCAAUGAUUUGUUUGUAGUUCAGUUUAACUUUUUGUUGUUGCUGCUGGUGAGUGGGAUGACACCCACAGUGUAGCAGAUUUAGAUUUUGUAUCUAUAGAGGCAUUAUAGGUGAAGAUUUUGAUGAAAGGGUCAAGUCUUAGAUAGAUAGAUAGAUAGAUAGAUAGAUAGAUAGAUAGAUAGAUAGAUAGAUAGAUAGAUAGAUAGAUAGAUGAAUCUGACAGUAUGGUACAGAUUAUCCUUGUGUGUGUGUGUGUGUGUGUGUGUGUGUGUGUGUGUGUGCGUGUGCGUGUGCGUGUGUGUGUGUGUGUGUGUGUGUGUGUGUGUGUGUGCGUGUGUAGGUUUCGUCUGGUGCCCUUUCUGGUGGAGCUGCGAGCAGUGAUGGACUGGGUUUGGACUGACACCACGCUCUCUCUUUCCAACUGGAUGUGUGUGGAGGACAUCUAUGCCAACAUCUUCAUCAUCAAAUGUAGCCGUGAGACAGAGAAGGUACAUGAUGUUUGAAUAUAGUGAAAGGAAAGAAUUGGUACGGAUUUUUGCAGCUCAUAACUUCAGCAUAAGGGAGGGUCUCUGUCUUAAUCAAGUUAUUUUGCCAUUCACUUCUUAAACCAACUCAUGACAGGAGAGUUUUGGGGGUUGGCAGACAGUAAUGACAUGCUGAAAUAUGUCAGUAUAUGUCAGAGGUAUGUUGCAGCAUAAAUCAUAAACUGAGGUUGAACACAAUGUAAUUAAAUUGGCUUUGAGCUCCUCAUCCACAAACCUAUAGGGGUGGAUAAUAGCUAAGAGCAUUUCAUUGUUAAUUACAUUUACUCAUGUCACUAUGAUGGACAAGCUUUUUGUGUGAGUAGAUUUUAUUUUUAGCGUUUUAGUAUUUUCUGUGGGAGGACUUGUGACAGCCAACAUAUGGGUGCAAAAAACAUAAACCAGGGCUGUAUGACUGGGAUUAGCUCAUGCUGAUUGACACUUUACACAGCAUCUUCUGUCAUCAGUGUAUGAAUGCAGUGUGAAUCACAAGUAUGACAUGUAAUACAGAAAAAGCUUUGAGUGGUCAAAAGACAGGAGGAAGUGCAUCAUUAUUGUAGUUCAUUCACCCUCCAUAUUUCAUCUCCCCUCCUGGGUUCACUUCUAAAGCACAGUAGAGGAACAGCAGAUUUCCUCAGACUGAUUCUGUUAGUUUUUAACAGUUUAAUGGCUCACUAAUUAACCAGCAGUGGUUCAUUUUGAUUUUGAGACAUAGUGACAUUGUAACCCCUCCCCUCUCUCCCUCACAGAAAUAUCCACAACCAAAAGGGCAGAAGAAGAAGAAGAUAGUGAAAUAUGGCAUGGGUGGACUCAUCAUCUUCUUCUUGAUCUGCAUUAUCUGGUUCCCCCUCCUGUUCAUAUCGUUGGUCAGAUCAGUGGUAGGAGUGGUCAACCACCCCAUUGAUGUCACAGUAACUGUAAAACUGGGAGGAUAUGAGGUAAGCACUUCUGAUAUGGCACCCUGGUCUACUGUACUCUAAAAUAGAGGAAGUACUCUGCAAAGAAGCUUGACUCUUUCUCAAGCUACGGCAAUGACAUUAUAGAGACAGUCACUAUACAGUUAUGACGGUCUUUUGUGUAAAACUGAUGCCAAAACUGGACUGCUUUAGAUUAGUCUUCAUGGUUCAGCAUAUAGCAUUUUAUGCACAUCUCACAUCUCAUCUGUCUUCAUGUUGUAUAGACAGCAGAUUAAAAUGUUUUACAAUGCUGUAAAAUAACACUGCAUGGCACUGUAAAGAAACUGAAUGAUUAAAAAGGUAUUUUUGUGUGUUUCUUCAGCCCUUGUUCACCAUGAGUGUCCAGCAACAGUCCAUCAAGCCCUUUACAGUUGCUCAAUAUGACAAUCUCACCAAAACAUUUGGAGAGGAUGCGGUAAGUGUUGACUGCAGUGUAAGUGCUGGGCAAGUCUUUUGUAGUUUUUUAACAGCCACACUUUUCCAACCUGGGUAUUGAAAUUGUUUAAUUGUUCUGUAAGACAACCUUCUUACACCUAAAAAUAAAUGUGCAUAUGCAGUGAAGCAGCCUCUGUGUUGACAUUGCUCUUUUGACAAUAUUCAGUCUGUGACUGUCUUCGGCUCAUCUCUGCACAUCUGUGCUGUUAUGUGCACAAAUGAUUUAUUCAUUUCUAUCUGCGCUUUGCUCACUUGCCCUGUGAAAUAAACCUGAUAUUAAAUCUGUUAUGCUCAUCAUCUCUGAGUAUGCUUUGAGUGGGCAGUGGACAGUCCUGCUUCUUCUAACUUUAACCCUUCAGUCACAGCUCAGUAAAUCAAGACUUUUCAAUUAUCUUUGAACUGUGAGGUGACUGUGAUGGCAGCUGUGUUCAUGUGUUAACAGGUUUUGGAUGUGUCUGCUCAUAUCGCCAAACAAAUUCUUCUUUGUCUGUUCUUGUAUCUAGGUAGCCAUGCAGUUCAUCAGCCUCUACAGUUAUGAAGACAUUGUGACCGCCAUGAUUGAAGGUAGUUCAGGGUCAGUGUGGAGAAUAAGCCCUCCCAGCAGACAAGAAGUUGUUAAAGAACUACUUGGAAGUCCCGUUGACCUUACACUACGCCUGGCCUGGACUUUCCAGAGGUAAAAACUGCUCUACUUUUAGAAAUCACAUUAAACUAUUAAGAAUUGUAUGUGAUUAUUAGCAAACUAUUCAAGGUAUUGUCAACACAGUCAAAUUAAAGGUGCUGGGGGGUGUAUUUUGCUCCUCCAUGGGUGAUUGUGCAGCUGUAAUCAUAUCCAGUUUAAGUUUAGUUUAUGUAUCAUAUCCAUCAUAUCCAAGUUCCCCAAAAAUCUUGUCCGGUUUUGUGUCUUAUCAUUUUGUGUACUCACUGAUUAAAACACAAACAGGGGCUCAGACUGGAUGACCCAACACCACUAUAGUGGUAAAUGCAGUUGACACAUGGAGCUCUAACACCCCCCACCCACCCCUCCCCCCUCAAAAUACAAAAAAAGUCUCUAAACUUUUGUAUUUGCAGUUGUACAGUAUGAACACUGUUGAAUAGAUGUUUAUUUUAAAAAAUCUCUCUCUCUCUCUCUCUCUCUCUCUCUCUCUCUCUCUCUCUCUCACACACACACACACACACACACACACACACACACACACACACACACACACACACACACACACACACACUCGCUCACUCACUUACUCACUCACUCUCCUUCUGUGUUUUUCCUCCUGCCAGAGACCUGGGAAAAGGAGGAACUGUGGAGCAUACCUUUGACAAACACUCUAUAGACUUGGAACCUGGGAACCCAGUAAGAGCCAAUUUGGCCUCACUACUGGUUGGCAAUAGCACUAAGCCUGUGUAGGUUGAGUUUACCAGUGGGAUUUUAGGAUGACACAUGUCUGCUAUACAGUACCUACAGUUAUACACAGCUGAUGUUUUGUGUCUUUCACAGGCAUGUUCCUAAUAUGUUUCCCAACUACAUCAGAGCACCAAAUGGAGCCGAGGCCAAACCAGUCAGUCAGCUGCAUAAAGGUCAAUGGUUAAUACGAGUGUGUUACUGGAAAAACACAAUCUAGACUAAGACUGAUUAAUGGAUUAUGUGGAUGUUUUAACACAGCUGAUUGGUUAUUUUCAAGGUGAUGAAGAUGAUUACCUGAGUAUAACCCUGUCCCUGAUGAGUGACCGGACCCUGAACAGCAGUGGCAACCAGGAGUGGUGGAACAUUGCCAUUGCUGGCUGUGAGCCGUACUCAUGUGGGGUUCUACCAAUGAUCAUAUUCAAUGACAAAGUCAGUCCACCCAGCCUGGGCUUUUUGGCUGGAUAUGGGUAAUGACCACACACCAAGAAACAACUUGUUUGGGUUAAAUAAACAUAAGUAAGUAGAGUUGAAACUAAUACAGCAGCAGGUAUCCAGAGCUUGAACAGUCAACAAACACUGUCUAUAGCAUGUCUACUUAAGUCUUAAAAAGUCAGCAUUAAAAUUGAAAACAAACAAAAAACACAAUUUCCAUAUAAAUAAUGUUUCUCUAUUUUUGCUGCUUUAACAGUUUCUAUGACCCCAUUUUAGUAUGAGGAACUUUUUCAACUAUUUCUCUGUUGUUGAUACCACCUGAACUAUUGCCAAGUAAUGUGCAGGCUACCGAAGUUGUCACUUUUUAUUUCCCUUAUUUUAAUUUCCCCUUUACUUGACAGUUAUAUUGCACAUGAAUAUCUGUUUUUUGUUCAUACUUUUUGUUUUUCCAAUCUCUUCAGGAUCAUGGGUCUGUAUGUGUCCGUGGUCCUGGUAAUUGGGAAGUUUGUGCGUGGUUUCUUCAGUGAGAUCUCCCACUCCAUCAUGUUUGAGGAAUUACCCUGUGUGGAUCGCAUCCUGAAGCUCUGUACAGACAUCUUCCUGGUCAGUGAGCUGUCUGAAUCUUUGUACUACAGGUGCCUUAAAACUGCCUUUGACUCCCUAGCUACAAGUUAUGGAGGCCCCCUACCAAGGAAAAAAUAGAUGAAUUAACUAAUGCAAGAAAUUUGGGACUGAAAAGGCCCAGAUCCGUAAAUGACCAGAAACAGUGAGCUGGCCCUCAUAAGGACAUUGCAGCUAAAAACUCCCCGAUUUAUGCCAGAGAUCUGAUCAGUUUUUACCAACAUGGACAUGAUUUAACAGGUGAUUAAUUGGGUAUGAGGUACUUGUAGCAAUCAGUGCACAUGCCAUGUUGGCACAUAAUAAGAGAAAAAGUCAAAUCACAUUAAGAAGAACAGUGUACUUUAAUAAAUAUUCAUCAAACAAUAAUCACCUCAUUCAAAAAAUCGAAAUACUAUUAUGUUUCCUCAACACUUUAAAUACUACUGUCCAAGGCUAUAAAAUAACAAUCAGCUUUUUAUGAUGCCUGAUCUUAACCCAGUUAUUCACCUGGGCUUGUGACCCAAUAGUGAGAAUCCAGAGGACAGCAAGAGUAAGGGUGCUGGACCCUCAGCUCAGCAGACAGAGUUACUGUAAAUUACAAAUGAAGGUCUAACUGUACUGUGCAGUGAAAGUAAACUGCGUUUGUUUAACAUAUGUAAAAUUAUACAUGGAAAGUUUUCUAAAAAUAUACUUUUAUGGAAAAAAAUCUAAAUACAUCCUGCUCAUAAAUUCCUAAACCUUUUUUGCAUAAAUGCAUAGGUUAUGAUAUUCAGCAGCAGCAGAAGCAACAGUGUGUGCAGCAGCUCCCUGAGACUAUCUGUCUGACCCCAUUCAAACUAUUUUGACAUAAACACUAGUUAGUUCUGAAAUAACAUGAAACCAAUAUCAUCCACAGGAAAACCUCUGUGACUUUCCCUUCUAAUAAUAUUGUCUGUAUCAUUUCUCAUCUUAUUAAGAUAACUGGUCUGCGAUAAACACACUGCUGUCUUCAGGUUUUCUGAAGAAUUUCUUUUGAGGUGACAAUGCGGAAACAAAUGUAUGUUUCUGUGUGUUUCAGGUGAGAGAAACAGGAGAGCUGGAGCUGGAAGAGGAACUUUACUCUAAACUGAUCUUCCUCUAUAGAUCUCCAGAGACUAUGAUAAAAUGGACCAGGGACAUCCACAGUAGAGACUCAGACAGAUACUGACUGAAGACAUGAUGUUGACUUGGUUAAUGAAGCAUACAGUAAGGACACCCAGGUGAAAGCAGGAGGAAAACUCCUCAUACCAGGGUGGACAUCGACUUACAGGGAAAUACAUGUGUCCUUGUCAAUGUUAGAAACUUACCUGGAUCUGGACACCUAUUGCUUGAAACCUGAAGCUUUUACAAGUUCACAGUUGCCUUAGCACCUUACAUUGAGGACUAUGUAGAGUGGAUUAGCAGUCCUACCGACCGGGCUUGGAGAUAGAUAUCUGUCACGCUGGACUGACAAACAUCCAUGUUUGUCAAAAGCCUAUUUCUCAAAAGGCUUGUUGAAACCCCAGGAGGACUGAGGUUGACUGAGCACAGGAGGCACUUAAUUUAUGCUGUGGCUUAAACUUGAGACGAAUUUUAGGUAGACCAUCUGCAGUUACGGUUUCUGUGUGCUGAAUGAUUUAAAAUAACAUGCUGUCAAACAUGGAAAAGGUCUUUAAAAAUUCACGAAAACCAAUGAACAUGCAGCUGCCAUGUCCUUUGACUUUAUAUCAGGGAUCAUGCUGUGACAGAACAACUCUCACUAGGAGGGCUAUGAAGGGGUUUAGUGCUUGUAAUCGAAAGAAGUUCUGUUGGUUUUGGGCCAUGUGGGUUUAGUGUUGAUGGAGAAGUCUGUGGAGAAAAUAGUAAGAGAAAAAGUGGAAAUCUUUUCAAGGAAAGAAGACAAGCUGCUGAUGAAGUAUCUACCAACAAGCUUUAGUCCACUUGAGUGAUUGUCAUUUUUUUACAUGUCAUGCACCACAGUGCUCAACCACAUGGGUUUAAGGCAGCAGAAAUGCUGAUGGAGAGGUCCAAUUAUUCAUUAUAGAGUAAUUUUGAAAGUUUUAUGUUCCUUUUACGGCUCCGUCUUAAAUAUUGUAUCCUACCUCAUUUUCCAGGCUUUGCAGAUAAAAUCUGCUAUAUAAAAAGUUCCUCCUCUAAUUAAGUUUUUGAAAGCCAUCUAACCCUACUAAAUCAGCAUUAAUGAAGGGAAUUUUACUCAAAAGUACACCCCUUAACUUAUCAUAGAUGGGACAGGAAAAAAAAGAAUGGUGCAGCCACAUGUAUCUAUUUCACUCCAGCAACAAAAAAGCUGCAAACUUACCAAACAGAUGAAAUACUGUUAAUCAAGACAGCACAGGUGCAACAGCACACUAAAAAGGACAGGUGCUUCAGUGCAAAGUAUAGGAGGCACUACCAAGCUGUUACUGAACUGUUACCAAGCUGACAAAAAACUUACAAAACUACUGUAGCCCCAGCAGACCUGAUAUCGCUUAUCACAACACUAUAACCAAAUAUUUGCUGGGGUAGAUGAACAUGGUUUUAAAUGCAGGUUACCAAGUAUACUCACAAAUCUGGCACUGAACAACCAUAUGGAUAGUGAUCCAGAAACAGCCAAAAGGCUUGUUGAAACCCCAGGAAAGAAGCAGAAGAGACACAAGACCACAACGGUCACAUAGCAGCCAGUGACUAUGCUUGGAGUAAAUGCUACAGUCAUAUGUGUGCUACACACACUAGAGUGAGAGGAUGGAAAGUUAACAGUAGAUGAUAUCAAGACUAAUCCAGGUCAUCAGGGUCAUGUAACUUUGUUUAGAUAUUUGAUCUGUGCAUGUGGGAUAUUAAAAAUUAAGUGCCUGAAGGAGGUCAGUAAGAACAACAGUGAAAUGAUCAGGCCUUUUGUGGGUAGCACCUUUUUAACAUGUAUGGUGUGAAGAUUUAAAAGUCAAAAGCUUAUUUUGGCUUUGAGUUUAAAGUUCAGUCACAUUAUUAGAAAUGUGUCUGAUAAUUUUUUUUUUUUUUUUUUAAUCGUUACAGACAAGUUGUUCUCUCCCAACACAUCCUUCUUGUGCAACACAGAAUUAUUGUCAGGAAAAUCUUGCAUUUAUAACAGAAACUUGGUUGAGCUGUAACAAGACUGUCAUGGAUCCUUAGUGACACUUAUACAGGGUCUACUGUGGGGAUGUAGUAGUGGGCAGACUCCUGCUUUUGAAUGGGCUUCGCUUGUGUUAGGGCAGAAAACCUUCAAUUCUCACCCCAAAGUCAAUUUCCACUGUUUCAAGUCCACCAGCACAGGUAAGUCCCUACACUAGAUGACUUCCACUUGCAGGUCUUCUGCAGCUUCAACUAGCAACAGCAAAUACAUUUAUCAGCAGUAUCUGAUUAUCAGCUGCGGCCAAGGGUAGUUGCUCAAAUUAACACAACGGCAGUCUACGCUGCCUUUUGGUACUUCAUCAGGUUAAACUGAAGACAUGCAGAUACAAGAGUCCAAUACAGCUCUCAGUAACAGUUGAGUUUUAACUUCUAUGUUCCCAUGAGACCCCACUACAGGUCAUAGUGUCUGUGACUUCAGAUUUACUGGACACACUAUCAUGGUGGCCUGGUUGGCAGUACAAGGCAAAAGGACCCUCACCUAUGCCCAAUUACUUGGAACAGGGCUGAUACCACCUGAUGGCUCCUGGUUCUCCACUUUUGCAGGCUCAGCUAGUCUUGCUCCAAACCUACGCUGGAAGGCAGUGCCUGGAGCUGGUCCUCCAUUCAUUCAUUAAUUCAUUCAUUCAUGCAGGUAGCCUACUGUAGAGCUUUAACUACUUUGACUGAUGCUCCUCCAUACAUGUUCUCACCUCUAUCAGAAGCACACAGAGUUGCUGCUCCAUCAUGGUUACCUCACCAAUCUCUUCCACAGUGCCACUUUGACCAGGUUCAGUGUCAAUAGAGUCCCAGGGUGGUGGGGGGUAAGUUGUGGUGAGAUUCUCCAUAGAGGGCCUUGCAGUGGAACUGAACUGCUGGUGGUGUGUCUCUGGAAAGAUGUCAAACUGGGGCUGGGACUUAAAACACUCACACAACAAAUUUCCCUACAGGGACAAUUAAAGUAAAUGGAAUGAAAUGGAAUAAAAUAAUUUAUGUGAAAAUAGAUGCAAUAAUUAGUUUGAAAUAUUCAAUGAGUUUAUUUUAUUUUGUUUGACGAGUCAAACUUACUGCCAAAUGCAACAAACAAUAUGUUCUUGAUGUGUCAGUUGAAAGAAGAUGCAAUAUCUGUUUUAUUAAGUUUGGCUUGAAUGAGUUGUAAUAAGAUUUGUAUUUGUAUAAGUGGUGCUAAAAUGAAGUGUGAAGAUGUGUUUUGACUCCAACAGUUGGCAAGAUGAAGAAAGAUUGUUCAAAAUUUUCAUAAUCUCUUUUUCUUUGGCAUUGAUGCCAUGUAAAUCAGAGAAGUGAUAAACUUACUUCAGAAAAUACUGAAAAGUAAACAUGCUCAUUUUAAAAACUACUAAAACAAGUGCAGAUAAGCAAGAAAAGUAAGAGUAACGUGAACAAAUGUACUGAUUAAUUUAUCCUCUCUUUGCUACUGUUAAAUAAAAAAAUUGUUUUAAUCAUGCCUCCCAAGUUGCUUAAGGGGGACCGGUCCUUAAACACUCCUCUUUGUCCUCAUCUUACUUCUUUGAUUACAUUUGUAUUUGAUAGAUGCUUUAAGUUAGCUAAUGAUUUCCUUUGGCAUUCUAUUGUGCAUUCAUUUAUUGUGACGUGUAGAUUACUAUUGAUGGUGAAUAUUCCACUUUAAUCAUAGCAGAUCAGUAAAAUCCAUAUGAUUUCUCUGCCAGUUAAUAAAUAUCCAAUUAGGUUAAGAAGUCCUUUGGUUGAUUGAAGUGCAUUUCACUCAAAGAAUGAAUACCAUCCCUAUGUGCACAUGCCAAAUACCUUUUUAUAUCUCUGAAAAAGACCUUUGUGAGGUUCAUCGUCACUCUUCACUAUUAUACACUGCUGUCUGACUAGGAGUGUAUUUAAAUGAGCCAUCAAACACAGCACUUUGUAGGAGUUCAGUAAAGUCUAGGACAUGUC